AAGUAGAAAUUAAUUGAACAUCAGACUGUACGCCGCUGUAUUUUGACUAUUUUGUUGAGCCGAUCAGUAAGAAUUUUGUGCUUACAGACGGAACUGGCAGCUAUUGUAAUGGAGGACUUCAUUCACAUUUUACAAGCCGCAGUGGUUUCAGAUCUGUUUUCUGGACUUUAUUAUGAUUAAGAAAUGCUGCGGUAACGACGUGGCUGCAUUUGCGAAGUUGUCGCAUGUAACUUUCAUAUGCACGUACAGCGACCGAUGGAAAUAUGUCAGUGGUGGAGAAAAGUUUCUUUGCCGUAGCCACAUAUUGGCGUUAAUAUUUGUCGAUUUGUAAAGUCAGGUGGUUUGAGGUAGGUUAUGGCAUCCAUAUCACCGAAUAAUUUGUGCAAAUGUUGGAAAAAAACCAGCCCGAAACUCUGACAUCUUUCAUCAUCGUUGGCAGCUUGUUUACAACCUACAGCGGCCGAUUUUGUACCAUAUCUUGAUCAGAGAUCUCUUUUUGGAACAAUUUCUUUCAUUAAGGAAUUUAAUUUUGACAUAAAAUAAAUCAAGAAUGCUAAAACUAUCCGUUUUGUUUCUGGUUGGCACAUGGUCAAGUUUUCCUGGAGACUUUCUACACCAGAAAUUCACACAGUUGUUGCCUUUCUCAGCGAUUUGGCAUCGUCGUGAAAUGUAAACUGCUUUCCAGCUUUGUACUUUAUUACUUCUAAAGCUAUGGCAGUAAUAAAAUGUGGAAACCAACGCUUUUGAUAUUAAGAAGGGCUGCGAAGUAACUUGUUCUUUUUUUAGCCUUUCUAAAAUCAUUGUUUGCAGAUCAAUAGCCGGUUUUGUUUAUGGCGCGUGGUCCGGAUGCCUUUUUCUAUGGGUUUACCGGUAUAAUAAACCAUAGGUUUUUGACCAAUCAGAUCACGCGUACUAUCUCAGUUAUUUUAUAACAGUAAAUAUAUUCCCACAAUGUGUGCUCGGGUCAGUAUACUGUCGCAUUGUUGUUUUUCCGUAAGCUCUUUUUAGCCUAGUUUAGACUAGUUACCAACAAGCGUACUAGAAUAUGUCCACUAACUAACUUUCAGGGUUUAAUUUUUAUAGAUUAUAAUGGAGGGAGUAAGGGGCGUUUCCUAUUCAAGUGAUGUAGCCAUAGAUAACAUCGCAUUCAGAAAUGGAUCCUGUGAACGACUUGGUAUGUACUAGUAUAUUUACCACUGCAUUUUUAAAAUAGCCCAAUAUGCUGACACAGAAACUCAUAAAAAUUAUUGCAAACGAAAUUUGUAACAUUUUUUCCUUUUUUUUCCAGUUACCCAGUCGUUAUACGCCUUCAUAAAGGAAGAUGCUGCAGACUUCAAAUUGGACAGAAUUCCAGCUCACAUUGGAUGGGUCUAUCAGUUUACAGUGCAUGCUCUUCAAACAAGAAACAUUUCAACCGAUGUGAUGUACUUUGUAUACCCAGCAAACCCUGUCCAUUGUGCAAAAAGCGUCACCCAAGAGCUUUCAUUAGACGACCUCAGUUGCUUCCCUCUAGAUUUCUUCUUUUCCUCAAGGACAUAUCAGCCACAUUACAAAAAAAUAUUGCUUCUGAACCGCGGAAAGGAAUUACCUUACGGGAUUGCUUUGAUGGAUUACCACACCUGCUGCCGUGAAACAGUUACAGAGUACUUCUUUGCAAAUGUGUCUUUAGACCGUAAGUUCAUAAGUGAACUUAUACUAAGUUGUCUGUAAACUUAGGCAUAAAACCCAUCUUUUCCAAAUAUUAUUAGACGGUUAGUUUUCUUUUAACUGUAAGCUUAAUACCACCGCCGGCUGGUAACGAGAUAUCCAGUUAUGCGGCUUACGAAAAAAGAAACAUACGAAUCAUUAUUCAAGUAAAACCUGAAGCUUUGAUCAGUUGUUCAGAAACUGGUGUGACGACAUUAUUGUUGUUGUUGUUUUUUUUUUCCAGCUACAGAACAAAAUGCAUGCCCACCUGGCUGGGUUAAUUUGGGCGAGUCAUGUUUUAGAAUACUGAAAUCUUACCAAACCUGGGAAGACACCAUGUUCGAGUGCCAAAACCAUGGAGGAAGACUCGCUGUUCUUGGAAAUACCACCAAACUGCACGCACUUUCAAGGUUCAUCGAUGACUAUGUGGAGGACCUGGGAUACUUUAAUGAGUUUUUCGUCGGGGCUCAUGCUAUCAGUGACGGGCGCUGGAUUACUGUCCAAAAACAACUGUUUCCAGCUCAGUCGUUACUAUGGGGAACCUUACAACCUUCAGGUGAUGGUUGGUGUACAGACCUGAUUUUCGAAGAGAAGUGGAAUUCUAAGAGCUGGAGAAUCAACGACCAAAACUGCUUUUCAGAAGAAGGAUUUCUCUGCCAGAAGCCAACAAAGAACACCUCAGGUAAUAACAUUUAAAUUUAGUGUAUAUGCGCCUGAUUUAAACGGAGUUAUUAGGUGAUAUUAAAUCAGGAGAGGAGGGAUUUUAGAAAGGCUGGAUAACAAAUUUUAGUUGGCACUUAUAAUUAAUCCUUAUUGAUACUAUAAAUACAGAUUUUUUUAAAAAGAGGACCUAGCCAAAUGUGCAGCUUUUUGAGUGGAAAAGGGCCAAAAUACAGGGGUAUUUGCGUUCGAUAAGCCCGGAAAUCACACUAGCGGAGGAAAAGGAAAGGAAAAAUAGGGAGGAGCAAAAAGAGAGAAGAAUAGAAAAAAAUGCAAUGAUUUUACUCUUAGGUUUUAUUUUGGAGACGUUUUUGAACGAAGAAAAAAAACUGCCACACGGAAAGGGUCUUUUUGGCGGUAAAGUUUUCAAAAAUUCAGCUAGAUACAUAGUCUGUAAAAAUACCUUUUCCUGAGCGCAUGCAAGCAUUAUUGAAUCAAGUUGACUUAAUAUUUUGGAAAAUACUCUCUCCGUUAAAUCGUUACAUUCGUGAUUGGUUUCACAGGAUCAUCGUGUGAUUCCGGUUGGUUCGAGGUGAAUGAAUCAUGUUUUCGAGUGUUUCCGGGGACUUCCUUUGCCAUAGAAUGGAACUGGGCUCGUUGGUGGUGCAAACUACUAGGAAGUGACCUAGCCGUCGUUGAAUCUGAAAUUCAAAGAAGAAUCAUCGCAAACCAUCUCACUAACAUGUCCAAGAAGUACCCAGAUGAAAACAUCAAAGCAUUUCUUGGUAUUCGUAAGUUUGGCACGUGGCAUUGGUUAGAUGGCAGCAAUAUUUCAACUAACAUUUGGUAUUCUGGGUAUCCCGAUAUUUUGUGGAGUGGAGAGUGUGGCUUGCUAGAGAAAUGGUGGUUUUCACCUGAAUGGAAGCUCUUCCCGGUGUCUUGUUCCCGUCGGUAUCACGUUGGAUUUACGAUCUGUGAAACAGAUGAACGUAAGUCCUUCAUUAUGGUAAUUUGAUAUCCAGUUUUUUGGGGGGAUAAGGUUUGUCUUAGAUCCAUAGAAGAUCACUAGACAAAUCUUAGAAACCGUCCUUGAAGAUGAUUCUUUAAUUUUGCUCUUACUAUUGUUAAAUAAUGCUUAGGAAGAUUUUUGGUCGGUUGGCAAUCCGUCCGUUCAUCCCAGGCCAACAGCAGCGGUGAGCCCUUCAAUGCCGUCGACGGUAACAUUGCGUCUUGUUUCACAGUUAAAGGGCAAAGGGUAAGUACUUUUGCGGUAAUAAUUCAUUCCAGUUGAACCACGCUUAUCAGAUGGAUCAUCAAAUAGCUCUGCUUGCAGUUAAAUCGUCUAUAUUUGUAAUUGAGUUGCUAGUUGGCAAGAUAAUUUAUGCUUACUCAUUCCAGAAACGUCCCACCCUUUUACUAAAUAAAUACUUUGGUCAAGUUUACAUUUAAUUCAAAUUUCAUUUCCCCUCGUUUAUGGAUAUGGUAACAUAUGGAAUCUAGUUUGAAACCAAAAAUAUAGAGGUUCACCUUAGAAUGAAUUGAGCCACAACAAAUACUGAAUGUACGGUCUUGUUGUAACUUUCUUUACCACAGGGUCAGCCAGUCUGGUGGAGUGUAACUUUGCAAAGACCAGCAUUUAUCAGCAAAAUCUGGAUCAUUAACAGGCUGGGGUGCUGCCUUGCAGAAAUGACCAAACAUAAUGUCAUUUUAAGCAACAAUUUAGAAACCGUAAAAGCAAACUGUAAAGUUUACUCCUGGAAGGACAGACAAAAAACACUGAUGAUCUGUGAACUGUCGAUUUCUGCUUCAAAUGUAACUAUUUAUGAAGACGGUGUGGGCGAACUAAGCCUUUGUGAGGUGAUGGUAACGACAAUAGGUAAGAACUGUAAACGUUUUUUGCGUCAUUCGCAUUGAUAAUAAUUAAGAUUAUAUUAUAAUCUUAAUUCCUCAAUAAAGAUAGUUGCUUUUCAUUCAUCAAAUUGAAAACCAAAUAAUCCAAAGGAACAUUCGUUUACAAGACCUCCACGUUGCAAAUUUGACACACUCUCAUUGUUUGGACAUUCUGGCACCCAUGUUGUGCAAAAAAAGGUAAAGCAACCAUAUUUUACGUCGAUAACUCGUGACAGUAAUAACUGAUAAAUUUGAGCUCGAUGGUGCGCUCAUUUUCACCCCCCUCUCUCCAUCAAUGCUCCGUUUUAAGGGUAUUUAAAGCUGGUCAAAGCUACACAGAAAGGGGAGAAGUUGAACUCAAAACAAGGACGUGAUGUCACCUCGGAUCAAUCUCGGGACCGCGCGCACUGAAGGCCACGCACUAGCCAACUAACUAUACCAUCCUUGCUCCUUGAGAUCUUGGAGCGCACAAGAUAGAGUGCUCAACCUUGAUGUGAACAGAAGAAAUGAUGCGCACACGAAAAAUUGCGACUAUUUUUUAUGAGCAUUGCUUCUAAAAAGCACGCUUUUGAUUCUCUUAGUAUUUACAAGAUAUUCGACCAUUAUUAAACACACAGAAAGCGAAAAGAGUCUUCAUGGCGUUCUUCAAGAACUUUGGUACAAUAUUCCUUCUGAUACAAUAACGAGUUUGCGGGCAGACAACAGGCUUCCUAGCACUGAUCCAGAUGUUGUGAACAUUCUCCGACAGUUUGAUUCUCCCUUCAAUUUCCAUAAAAAUUACGGACAACGUCUGACAGGGUAUUUGCAGGUACGUAGUUCUAACAUUAUUUUUUCUAUAAAAUUUGGUCUCAUAUUAUGCUCAAAAAUAAGAACUUAGCUGUUGUACAAAAAGAGGUACUGACUUUCGACCAAGAAUCCUACUUAACCCUCGGACCUACACGCAAAUUCAUACCCCUGCCGUGGUACAAGAGGGAUGGGGGGUGGAUGAAACCCCUCCCCGGAGUUUUUGAUAUAUUGCAGUAUUUCGAAACGAUUUUACCUUUAGUGGAAAGCCUUUGAUCUUCUUAAAAAGAUGAGGUAUAUUUUAUGGGUGAUGGAGCCGCUGGAGGCCUGUGUCGUCACCAACAAUAGUCGCCAAACGUCACUUAUUUUAUUUUCCUUUCUGUCUCGCGUAAGGUACCUGAAAGCGGUAACUACACCUUCUUCGUCGCACGCGAUGACAAUUGCGAGCUUUGGCUACAACCAGAGAGGGUAGAGCUCGUAGAAAAAAUAAAGGACGACAAAGCAUCCGAAAAACUACUCCUGAUAAAACUGGACUUUCGGACAGACCACAAUAAAUGGGACAAGUAAGAAUACAUUGUCAUUUGAUAAAAAGGUUAUGUUCUCCUGAAAACUAAACGGCUCUUCGUCGUAAAGCCCUUUAUCCCCUUUAUACUGCGAUCCGUGUAAAGGUGUUUAUCUUUUGAGCGUGAAAAACAAUUCGACUUUGGUAGAAUUAAAACGAAUCAAAUUUUGGUUUUACUUUUUGAAAAUUAGCGAUAAUACAGCUUAUGAAUCACUAACCGCGGGAAAGACCAGAUUCAACAUUUUAUUUGCUUUGCCUGAACAAAACACACUAAUCAACGUUUGAAUUUAGUUCCCUAGGACAGACGGUUUUUCCUAGAUAGCGUAAACCCAUCAUUCUCAUGAGAAUGAACUUUCGCUAUGAAAAGUCAACCAGUGUGUCGUUUUAUGUGUGUAUGCAUGCAUGUUUUUAUUAAUCUUUUUAUUAGUAAAAUGAUUGUCCGUACCCUUUUUUGUGUACGUUUCUUUAGAUUUCCCUCUCUCCAGGCAUCCAAAGAAAUCUGGUUAAAGAAAUGCCAGUUGUACUCUGUGGAGCUACUAAUGAAACAAUCUGGAGCAAGUGAUUGUGCCUCCUUAGGAAUGAAGCUACCAAAUGGGACAUACAAAAGCCCAAUAACUGCGGCUCACUUAUUUUGGGUGAAGCCAGGUAAAUAAUUGCAUGCAGCUGACGCUACUGGACAACGACACCCUUCGCAAGCGUUAAAAUUUUCUGUGUCUGAACAUGCUUUCCAACAAUUUUUUUUUCGCAAACGGAGACUCCUUGCUAUUUACUGACGCCUACCCUUGCUCCAUAGACUUUCACCUUUCGCUUUCUCUCCCUACCCUUUUUUUUGUUGUUUUUUCUUCCCCCAAUUUUCCUUCUGUUGGGCAUGUACUAUUAGCGUCUUUUAGCCAGAAAGGUUCCGUCAAAAUUCCGACGAUCGUAAAGUUCUUGAAAGUAACUUAAGAACAACGUUUGCGUUGAGAAUUUCCGUUCACCUUUGAGGCUAGUUUGACUGAAACUUGCUUAUUCGGGUAUGGUUUGAAAGAUCACUUUCCCCUUCACAAAUUAGUUGUCAAGUUGUUUAUGGCCUUAUCAUGACAAGUGGUGCAAGGGACAUGGCUGUUGCGGGCGAUUCAGGGGUGUGAAGGGACUAAGUAAUCCUAUUAUCCAACGCGAUUUUGCCAAAAAAGGUUAAUAAAUCAACGUUAAUGCCACUCAUCCACAAGUUUUCAAUUAUUUACGCGGGUCUGAACACUUUGUCUUACCGAUCCGAUUAAUAGUUGUCUUUACGGAAAUCCUUAUUUGAAAAACAUCGAUUUUCCUUCUAUGCAGAUAAUGAAGGCUUCGAGAUCUAGAUCUGUCUUAUUGUUGGUAUAAUUUGCAAUUCCUACAGGUGUUGGAUAUAUAAACUUUAACAUAACGUCUAUUCCUAAAAAGUUCACCCUCAAGACUGGUGAAAAACUUCUUAUUCAAGGUAUUUUAGGUAGCUUGAUUUGCUUACCGGAAAUAACUCGUAUGUGAAAAGAGUGACUUAAUCUUCUUGUUAAUUUCUGUUAUAUUUGUUCUAGUAGCAAAAAUAUUAUUUUUAUUAGUGGAAAAUCAUUAACCACAAUUUAAACUCCAACUCUAUCAUAGUGCUUAAAACUAUAAAUUUAAAGAAUAUCAAAACUUUUUGUAAUGAAUUAUAAUUUCCAGACAAUAAGCCUGUUUUAUCUUGAUUAACCUGUUUAGAUUGUCAAGUCCUUUUCUCUUCUUCAACCAUAGCUCAUUACAAAUAUUGCUAUCGUGGAUUACACUGCUCUGCAUGUCCCACUCGCUUACAUUUAAGAUUUGGUGCGCAAAGGAUUUUAGUUCAUGAUGGUUUAGCGAUGGAUUGUCAAGAGCGCUAUUUCAACGCUAGUUUCGACACCUUUCUACAGGAAGGAACAUACCAAAUUAAUGUAAGCAGUUUGAAUUUCUCAUAUUUAUUUUAUAAUUAAAUGAUUAUGUUUUUACCAAGCAUUUGCCUUACAAAUGACACUACGUAUCGUCGUAUGUUAGGUAACGUACAACCUGGUCGAUUCCUUGUCAAAUACAACAGAGGUUUCAAGGGAAAUUAACGAAGUUCAUAUCUCAGGUAUGUCAAUCCACGCCGAGGUAAAAGAUAUUCCUGUUUAUUUGAAGUAUUUAUUAUCCAGUAAAAGAUUCCACUUUUCUUCUUUUAAUUAGCUAUCCUAGUUGAAAGUUGCAGCUUCACAUCUGACCUUUGUUCGUGGAACAGUAAAGAUAACGGCUGGACACUUUCACCGUCUGGCAAAGGUUUGUGUUGUUGACUCUAUAAUAACCCAUGCACAUGAGCCUUUAAUCUCGACCGAAAUGUGACGUAAUGGCACCUGAAUGUAGCUUCAACAAUUGAGAGGGACUUAAAGGAACAGUAUCCCGUUACUGCGCAUGUGCCGAACUUUGAUUUUCUGACGGAAUAUCGCGAAAUUCAAGAGGUGCGAGCAGAGUAAUAUAAGAGAACGUUGAAAAAUCCGUUUUCAUUGCGCUUGGCCGAGUUCGAUACUACACUGAAAGUCUGAAAGUUCUCAGAAUUGCAGAUCAAUGAUAUAUUGUUUCCGGUAAGUUUCGAUUUGCGCGAAAUCGGGAUUUUUUGGCGUUACUCUCAUUGCUGUUGGCUGGAGGACCAAGAAAAGGAGGCCUACUCUGGGACCUAAAGUCGCCUAAAGUCGCCCAAAGUCGCCUAAAAUCGCCUUAAGUCGCCUAAAAUCGCCUUAGGUCGCCUUUAGUUGCCUUAAGUCACUAAUUCAUUAAAAUCUUAACGAGGUUUAAAUUGUCUUGUAGUUAUUACUUUUUUAGUUUUCUAGUUCCAGAAUGCAUGAUUUCUCAUAAAGUGUGUAAUAACCCGUGUUCAAUAAUAUUAGCCACAGACCCACCCCACCCCCCACAAACAACUCCCACAGUGACUUAAGACCCAUUAAUUUCUUCUCCAGCCCUCUAAUUUAUACAUUUAAUUACUUUACGCAAUUUUAAACACGUAAUAAUUAGUCGUAAGCAAUACAAGAAUAAUCAUUCCUGUAUUGUUUAUGCAAAAAUGACAACAUAUAGUACAGAACUUCAUCCAGUCACUUGUACAGGUAUUUUAUUAAUUUCAUCCGGGAGGUUUGUCUCAUAUUUCUGAGUAAAAAUAUUGUUUAAAGAGGCAUUCAAAGGUUCAAGUUCUAGCUAAAUUUCAUUAAACAGUGUGCAAAGAGAGUAGACAGAGUAGUGUCCAGGCAAUAGCCCUAGGGUACUAGAUUAUAUGAUUGGGCUAGUGAACUGCGUUUUUAACUUGCCUGGCUGGCAAGUAAAGUUUUUUUAGGGAAUUCAGAUUACGGAAGAACUGUAAUCAGUCCCAUCCAUAAAAAAAAUUGGGGUUAGUCAAAAUGGCUUUCAGGCUAGUGUAUGCUAGGCAAGCUGUAAAGCUGACUUUCUUUGCACUCUGAACAAAAUAUAAUUUAAAAAGUGAGUCUCUUUUCUACUGCUUUGUGAGAGUCCAACAUUGAAAGACAUUUCAAGUAACUAAGAUCAAUACAGGUAGGUUGCAGGGGAAAAAAAACAAUUAUUGCCGCCACAACAUUAAUCUAAAUUUUCUGGUAGUUAAUGCAAGUCUAAAGGUUAAUCGAAAAAAGUUUCCAUGUAAAUUACCGACCCAGAUUUUAAGAGCAACUAAAGAUAAGUUUUUUCUCCGGCACACAACCUCUGAUCUGUACACCAGUUUCACAGUAGAAAAGCUGUUUAAAAGCAAGAGGAACGACCUUUUCGGGUAGUGAGGCGGCCAAGUAGCGACAAGAUCGCGAUAAGUCUUCGUACCGAGAGCCAAAUUUUAAUAUGACGCAAGAUUUCUUCAAAAGUAAAAAAUAUUGCUUGAGAAUGUAAACAACAAAUCUCCGUCGGCGGUGCGGUCAGGAAGAAAAUGUUGUCGCGUCAAUAUGACAGUUCUAUUGUCUUUUUAAGAAAUAACAGAUAACGCUCGAGCGUGCGCGUAGUCGGGAAACUAUCCCUUUAAAGACGAACAGGCUUGCACUCAGCAAUUGCAAUACAUAUUGCAUUGGAAGCUGUAGAGCAAACUUUAGUUAUCCAUGUUGUAAACCAUCUUAAGCAAUUUGUUAUACGCAUGUCAACUCACAGGGUACCAUUUUGCGAAUAAUACCUUGCGCAAUAUAGUUGAUGACUGCGGAAGGAAAACAUAAUUUUGAAGCUACAGAGUUCUUCCGUCACAUUGUUACGCAAUGAUAGGAGGAGCCGACAGCAAACGCUUGGCUGCCACAGGCCCGUUAUCCCAGCGGUUUCUUAUUUUAAGGCUGAUUUAGCAACAGGACGGGCUUAACCAAUGACAGAGAGGCAAAUUAGUGACCGGAAGUCGUGUUUAGUCCUUUCCGCGCGCUUUUCCGUCGCCAACUGACGUUCCCGUCCUGUUGCUAAAUCGUCACCAAGCCUUGUUCCGGAAAAAAAAAUAUGUUAUAUUGUUUUUUUUUUUGGGGGGCAGUCUUUGAACUUUAUAAUAAAGACAGUGGGAAUUAAUUGAUGUGUUAUUUUAUGUAUAUUCAGGAGUUGUGGCCCGUUUUGACGACAAAGUUGGUGUUCUAGAUAGCCGGUGGAUUUCAAAAAAUAUUACUUAUGAAAAAACUGGGUUGUGCCUGUCCUUCUCUUAUAAUUUUUCCGCUCAUGAUUCUGGGUCAUCAGUAACUUUUCAACUGCUGACAUCAUCAAAAAAUGUCUCUUUGUGGAGUCUCCAUGGUUACCAGGGCCAAACCUGGCUGACAGGCCAAGUGUCAUUCAAACCAAGUGAGGCUUUUAAGGUAUGAUGUCCUUGGAGUAGCAUAAUCUAUCUUUUCGUGUCGUUGUAGGAUUGUUUUAUUUAAUCAUGCCUUCUAUAUAUUUUGUAGGUUCGUAUUGUUACUAUCGGAAAACAGCCGUCUGGUUUUAAUCGCGGGGCAGUUAAAAACAUUAGUAUUACUACAACACAGUGUGAGCAACUACCGCCUCAUAGUUUACCAGGUACGUACUCUGUUCUGAUAGUCAUCACUUUUGUCCAUUAAUGGAUUCUUAAAACCAUCUGGGCACAUUCAGCUGUCCGGCGGCGCAAAGUCUGUGCACUUAUAUGAACAAAUGAGUGAUUGAAAUAUGCAAAUAAUAUAAGCGGCUUUUUUACUUCGAGGAGUUUCACGUACUGUCACUAUAACGUCAUUUUUUCAGGAUUCGUGUGCGAGAGCAAAAGUAGUUUUCAGUGCGACAAUGGAAAAUGCGUAAGCAAAGACCUAGUAUGCGAUGGAGACAAUGCUUGCGAGGACGAAUCAGACGAGAAAAACUGUAAAUGCCUCACAACUGAAUUUGAGUGUCCCACUGGAGAAUGUCUUGGUGUGGAGAAGCUAUGUGACUCGAGAAAGAACUGUAAGGACGGAACAGACGAGGCAAGAUGUGGUAAGCAACAGAUUAAAAAAAGUUAAUUAUUUCCCGGAAUCAGAUUUGUUACUUUAGGGUCUCAUUAAUAUAGGGCAAAGCUGCUCAGAAGAUACUCUUUCUUGCGCUGGAGGUGGUUGCGUACCAUGGUCUCGCACGUGCGAUGGACAUACGAACUGUGAGGAUGGAACAGAUGAGCCAUCUAUAUGUGGUAAUCGCAUUUGUUACAUGUACUUUUCUUUGAUUCGGCUUUGAUGGUUUUUUUUGCUGCACAUUAAAGUAGCCAGCGAUUUGUCUUUCAGCUUAGUAUAAUUUAGCUAGUAAACGUUUUAUCGGCGAUACAUAAGUAAACUUGGUGUAGAUGUCUACACGUCGGAAUCUAUUGCGUUAAAGGUGUUUUCACAGAGUGUGAGCGGUAAACUUUUCAAUAUUUUAGCACAAAAGGUCGUUCGUUUCAUUUAUAUUCAUGACAAUGCACAGAUUAUUGCGCAGGUAAAAGUCUUGACUAACCUCAGAAAGAAAGAUGCUGCCAAUACCUGAGUUUGUUUUUAGAUCUGGACAGAAUCAGAAUAGAAUAGCGGUUGCCACCAAAUUCGUUCCUAGAUACCACUACCUACGGUAUAUUUCCCCUGCUAAACUGUGGUUCUAAAUUCUAAAGUGGUCAGUCCCAGAAUGUUAAAUGAUAUAGAAACGACACUGUUUGAUAUCUGAUGUUUCGAUCGAUCUACGAUCAUCUUCAGUUACAGGUAAUAUACCAAUAUACGGUGAUGCAUGAUGCAAUUGUAUGUGACGUUACAACCGACGUGAUAACUAUUUAAAAUUAACGUUUUUAAUAAACGCGAGAUAACGAAUAUUACACAAGCAAGGGAAAGGUACAAAGAAACCAAAUAAAUUAAAUAACAAAAUCUGUUUAAAUGUUUAAUAUGCAACAAUAAUAAAUGAACGAAUAAUAAAAUAAACAAUAAAUAAAUAUAUUAAAGUUAAUUAAAAUUGUAAUAAUAUACGACACUAUGUAUAAUUAUCAACUAAUGAAUUCAUUAGAUAGUACUUUUGAUUCUUCAGGGUCUUCGCACUGUCCAUUGCUUAAUCUGAGGUGUGAUUUGUUUAACUAUACGGAUUCGUCAAACUUUUACCAGUGUUUUGGAAACAAAGGUAUGGAAAUAAGAAUCUUGUCCUAUAUUUUUUGAAAAAUGAAGACGACUUUUUACCUGUAACAGUGAAACAGUCGCUUAAAAUUAAAUUAUUAUAAAAGGCAAGUGCAAAAGCUUAGUUUCCAUACUGAGAAAUGAACCCAAUUACUUCUCUAAAAUUCGUUUUCUUCAUAACGUGAAUAAGGUAUGUCUGCCAAUAAGCAGCAGGUAACUUUAUGAGAUCUGAGUAAUCCAGGUAUCCUAAAUGUAUCUAGGCGUAAUAUAAUACAAAUAAACACUACCUUUCUAUGAUUUAUCAUUUCUUGCCGACAACAGAAAUGACAUUGCUCUCUACUUACGAAGUCUUUCUUGUGCAUUGUGUUAGUUAAAUGCGAUUUUGAGGAUGGGCUAUGCGGGAUGGAACAGGGUCAUUGGCGCAUUGGAUCUGGCUUAACACGCACGAAGAACACUGGCCCGGAUUAUGAUCACACCACACUUGGACCUGAAGGUUGGUUUGAGUGAUACUAAGUCUCAAGUAUUUCAGUUUUCUCUUCGUAUUCCCUUUUGGAAAGGCGCCAACAAGUGCUACAAACUAUCCCAUAAACAGCAAGCUGCACUGAGUUUAUAUUUAAAAAGAAAAUUAAAAUAGUUAUAACAAUAGUAGAAACAACGCAAUAAAGAAAAUGCUAAGAGAAACGAAUAGCUCUUAAAUGAUGGGCUGAUACAUCAACUGAACUUGACAGCUGUUCCAAACUAAACGUUCUUAUUAUGACAACGUGUAAAAGACCAAAAGCUUUGAUAAGAUUUCUGAUGCACUUUGUUUGACUCUAAGUCUUUUGUUCUUUCUAGGUUUAUUUAUGUAUUAAUUUUACUUCUGCAAUUCCUUUGUUUGUAUUUAUUUACCUAUCUAUCAAGGAAAAUACCUAUUUCUGGAAGCAUCGGAGCAGAAGGCAGGUGAGGGAGCCAUUCUGGCCAGCAGUGCAAUUGUUCCUGGUAAGCCUAUUUGUUUGCAGUUUUGGUAUCACAUGAAAGGAAAAGAUAUCGGGAGCUUGAAAGUCUACAUUCAAAAAAAUGAAACGAAAACGCUGGUUUGGAAUAUGACUGGUGCACAAGGUGACAAAUGGAAAUUUGGACAAGUUGGAUACAAAGGCGACUCGAAAAGCUACAAGGUAGGGGUGAUUUUGCAACAAAUAACUUAAUAACUGUUCAAAAAUUGCUAUCCUUACUAAUGAUGAUCUUUUAUCACUGAGAUUUGACAAUCGGAAAAUGAGAGGGCUAGUCAGACGUUGUUGUUGUUGCUGUAGAUUCAUGAUAUAAAUUAAAUAAAUAUAGUUUUUGUCCAUAAUACGCAGGGCUAUUCAAAGAAACUGAGGGCAGAUAGUUCAGUCACAAAUUGAUUGAUUCUCCCCUGGUGACUACUAUAAGUUUGAAUCGAAAUUUACAAUUCAAUGCGUAGGAAUGCAAGUGAGCUUUCGUCACUCAAUUUAACUUAGAAAAUGGCAAAUCCUUUAUAAGCGAGAACUGAUCUCGUUGUUGAGUAAUAUGCUCGUUGAGCUGAGAUAUGGCACCCUUUAAAGUAACUCGUCUGAUUCCUCUUUCCAGGUCAUCUUAGAGGGUGUUGCGGUUGGUAGUGGAAUUUACGGAGACAUUGCCGUUGAUGAUCUGUUCUUACUUGGCGAAAAUAUAUGUGAGACCAUAACGGGGAGUGGUUAGUUUACCAUUACUAAACUUUUUUUAAUUCUAUUAAACGUCUGGCUAAAGAAGAAAGCCUCAAUUAGGGCUUGUACCUGGUACAGUGGAGCUUGAAAAAAGUUAAAAGCGCGAAUGAUAUGUAAAUGGCAUGAAAGUACUUUUCACACUUUCGCAUUGCCCAUAGUACGCACUGUUUGCCCCCUCAACGACCUCCCCACCCCUAAAGUUUUUCCUAAUCAUUGUUAUCAGUUUCAUUGGGGCAGUACAAUCGUCCCGAAAGAAAUCGAGAAGAAUGCGUAUGCAAGAUUUUGGGGAGCAAACAGAGCGCAUUAUGAGCAGUGCGAAAAUGGUGAAUUCAUUAAAUUUUCAAGUAUCAUUUUUUGGAACAGUGUCUUAUAUCUAUGUUGUCUCCGGAGACUUUGAAGAGGUCCUCGUCGUGAUAGAUUUAAACUACCUAUGUCCGAAGACACAGGUUAAACGAAUGUGUUCUCUUUACCGGUUUAUUCUCCUCUUCACCGCUGUAUUUAACAGAGCUUCCCGGAUGUCUGUUUGAGCUGGAUCAUUGCGCUUGGAAGCCGAGUGACAACUGGCGAAUGAGUAAACUUUCCCCUUUGGAAUUUUUGGAAAAAGAUUGGCAAAACAACAUGGGUACGUAUAUUUUCCCCUUUUGUUUUAAUAAAGCAAAUAGAGCAUUUCGCUGUAAAUUCCUCAAAUGUUAUAUUCUACAGGAGGAUUUACAUAUUUGCAAGAUUGUUCCAACACGUACAAAGACUCGUGGUGCUAUGGGACAUUGAAAAGUCGACGCAUUUUGCCUGAAGAAGGUUGGAGCUGUAUGCAGUUCUGGUAUCAUAUAGGAACCACUGGAUCCAGUUCUCUUCAGGUGUUUUUAAUAAUCAAUGAAACUAAAGCCAAUUUGUGGAGUUCAGACUCUCAUCAAGGAAAAGCUGGACAUUGGAUGUAUGUUCGCUUGCCAAUCGACUCUGACUCGAAGCCGCACCAGGUGAAUGCCUCAGUUAAAUAGAAAACUCUAAAGCUAUUGAAUGAUUCCUGUUUACUUCAUCUGAUGUUUUCUAGCCUGAGAUCAUGCCCUCUCCCUAUUAUCCCUUUAUGUCUCUCACGGGAAGAGGGCAUGAUACAUUUCUUUGUCGGAUCACAUGUAAAAAUGCCAGAAUCUGGACUUUUUUCUGAUUGGAUAGGAAACGAUGCGGAUGAUUUGCGCUGUUCCGAUUGGCCAAAAUGACGCCAUCCGUUAGUUGUUGUUGAUUUCAGUCUGCAUUUUUGCUUGCGUGAUAAGCAGUGAAUACACACGCGAGUUCGUUAUGAAAUUUCUGCCCGCUCAGUUUUCUUGAAUUUGAAGAAUGCCUAAAUAUAAGUUUCAUCCAUUGAAAUAUUUACCAUCUCAUCGUAUACCAAAACAGUUGCAGUCAAAACUUCACCGAUCAUUUGAAUGCAAUUUGAUACCGGCUACAAGUUACAGAAGCGACAAACAACGGGGUUCACUUUUCAAAUAAUCAAUUCAUGAAUGGAAUCGUGACCUGGUUUGACUGUAUUUCCUCCUUCAGAAAUCAUGCUGCGAAUUAUUCUGAGCGAUCUUCGCUUUCACAACACCUUUCAGUUCGUGAAAUAUGGUGCUUCAGCCUAAUUUUUUUUCCACUGCUUUCGUAGUACAGAACGAAGUCAUCGAGCUUUAACCAGUAAAUUCUUUAUUAUUUGUAGCUAUUCACAAAGGUACGACAGCUCCAGCUAGCAGUAUUUCAUCACAAAAACAACACAUUAAUUUUUUUUUUACGAAGCGCCAUCUGAACACGGACGUACUUAAAAAUUUUUUUUCCCCUAACACUGAUUUCAAAUGAGACAUUAUUCGCGCCAAAAUUUGAUUCCCGUUUGGUAAACGCUUAUUGGCUAAAAACAUGACAGGUCAAGCAAACGUUAGAUUAUGUAAAUUAGGGGGCGGUUGACUGCUUGUUAAAUAAAUGUAUCAGGCGUUAUUUUUUUUUCCCUCUCGAGCCAAAGAAGCAAAAAAAAAAAAGAAAAAAAAAGACGCCUGAUCUCAGGUUAGAUGUUUUCGUGCCGAUAAUUUCUUGACAAGCAUACAAUGUCAUAUAUAGUUUGACUUAACAGACAAAACAGGCUCCAGCUAAACAUGCUAUAAAUUACGGAUUAAACUGCCAAGGUUUAGAAAGGGUUUCGUUUGAUUGCAUGUUUUUCCAAGUUAUUUGAAUGUUUAGAGGCUUAUUUGUAACUAUUUACAAGCUUCUCUGCCAAAAUGAGGAAACGACCAUUAAAAAACAGGUGGGCACUGAAGAAGAAGUGUUACGGUAAAAGGGACUUGGAAACUUGCAUGUCACGCUUUGACGUUGCCUUUUGUCUUACCGAGAAAACACUUAAGUAUAUUGAUUUUUGGGAUGUAACUAGGUCCUUCUUGAAGGUCGGACGUCCUCGAAGUGGGAAUUGCUCGCCGUGGACGACAUAACCUUGCAAACCGAAAUAUGUCAAGCAAUUCCCUGGCAAGGUAAGUGUUAGAAAGUGGUAACCCUAUUGAGUUGCAUGGUGGGAAUAUGAAAGGGAGACACGUUCCUGAUAGCAUAAGAGUCAGUUGCUUUUAGUGUAAUUAUGUCACUGACUUAGAGCUGAUGAAAUGAUUCAUAUUUUUGCACUAGGAAUGAAGAUAUUUAAGUAGUUAAUGUGAUUCACGCCGUUGAACAACAACAGCUUGGGUUAUUUUUACUGAAACGCGAUGACCAAAUUUGUGCGAGUGAUCACUUUUCGGUAGUGCAAUGGAUUGUGAUCUUUAUCCUUAAAUUCUUUCCAAAGAGCAUUGUUCUGUUACAAUGUAAUUUUGAAUGCCUAAAAGUAGCCUCUUCGUAGCCUUCAUAGACCUCACGAAGGCUUUUGUCCUGGUAAGCAGAGGCGGCCUAUUCGAGAUUCUUUCCAAGAUCGGAUGUCCACCAAGGUUCAGCAUAAUUAGAUCCUUUUAGGUAGAAAAGAAGGGGUCUCUGUGGUCUUUGACGGCUCAAUAUCAGACUCUUUCGACAUCUGAAGUGGAGUGAAACAGGGCUGCGUCAUCGCACCGACCUUAUUUCGGGAUUUCUUCGCUUUCCUGCUGAAACAAGACUUUAGAGUUGUAACAGAGGGCAUCUAUCUCCAGACUAGGUCAAACGAAAAUUAAAGCUCUUCAACCUUUCCAGACUAAGAGCAAAGUCCAAAUGAAGUAAGUGUCUGCGUGAUUUUUUCUUUGCCGACGAUGCAGCCAUCACCGCCCACUCAGCCGACGACCUUCAGCAGCUCAUGAACCGUUUCGGGAAGGCCUUCCAAGAUUUUGGGCUGACCAUCAGCUUGAAGAAAACAAGGGUCAUGGCUCAGAAUGUGGACUCACUUUCCAACAUUACAAUCUUGGAACAUGAACUGGAGGUUGUCAAUGACUUCGUAUCUCUGAUACUCUUUCUCUGGAUUCCGAGUGUGGAAGGAACCAUCAUUUCCGAAUUGGUCUUUCCAGCCACACAAGGCGCUGUUCGAGAACAAUUAGGGACUUUAAGAUCCAACGACGCGGACGGCAUCGAGAACGUCCAAAAAACAAUAGGUUUUUAUAAGAAAAACAACCAUUUUGCACGUGCAUCACACUUCUUUGUACAUUUCUUUGCCCGUUUUUGCACGACUACGACGUGAAAAUGCCUAAUUUGGCGUUUUAUGGAGUAUGUAAACAAGCAACGGCGAAAUUUUAUUUCUCUUUCUGAACUUGGAUAUGGUCUCUAGGAAUUCCAGUCCAGGAGGGUUUGCCUACCUUGACAAAACAAGUGGUUAGGAAUAAUUGCGAUAAAAACUGAAAGCAUACAAAUUAACUUUUUAAGUGAAGUUCUCGUCGCCGUCGCGUCGUUGGAUCUUAAAGUCCCUAUUAAUCAGAGCGCGACACCAUACUCUUUCGAGACUGAAGAUGCCAAUGAAAAGCACAUCCAGUCGACUACUAAAUUAACAAAGCUCUUUUUGUACAACGUUUUGUACAACGUUUCUUAAAAACUACCAUAGGAAUGUACCAGUUAAUCAAGCUCUUGGAGUAUACCAUUCCAGUUUAACUUUGUUAAAUUGUUUUAUAUUUCUAUAGAAAAUAGAACAGAAUAUGGAAAAAACCUCCUUAAAACGCAGUAUUUCUGGAAACUAGACGGAAGCGACAGAAAUAUAAGGUAUGCUUCAUAUAAGAUUACGAUAGCCCACUGCCCUUUGAGUAACAAACUUAAAACAUGCGAUACUGAAUGUACAAUACGAUGAUCUACAUUGAUAGUAACAAAAAAGACGCACUCGAUUUAAAGGACGCAUAGGUAAACAAUUGUUCACCCCCCCCCCAAUACUUAACAAGAAUCAAUAAAAUUGGGGGGUUAAUGUGGAGUAUUAAAAAAAGUAGGCUUAGUUGCUAAUUUAUUACAUAUUGCUCAUCCUAGUAUCGAAUUAUGUCAUGUCCUAAAAACUUUGGCGAAGAAUUAAAACUUUCAGUCAGUGACACAGACGGCUCCGAAGAAAAAAAUAACCCGAGUACUCCGGCCCAGUGGGAAUAAAAUCGAAGUUACGACAUUCUGGUUACUAGUUCAGAUACUCUAUACUACUAAGCCGGACACUCGUGGGAACUAAGCGGCCACUAAGCAAGGCUCAUGUGCCAGACAUCCUGGAUACUGCUAAUUCUAGAAUGUCUAUAUGUGCUUAUGCGCAACGAUAGAGAUAAGAUGGUGAAUUUCAAGCUUGGUAAAUAAGUGAGAAACAUUAUUCCAUAUGCUUUUAGCUUGGAAGGUAACGCUUCAUACCAAACUGACGGCGGGAUAAAAUCUUUGCACCUUGACGGAAGAUCUGGUUAUGCAGAAAUUCCUGCAAUCAAUUUCACGAAGAGCAGCUUUUCAAUCGCCCUUCGAUUUAACGUCCACAAUUCACACUGUCUUGGACAUCUCAUUUCUGAUUGGUCAUCACCAGGGCAGUUUAGAUUGUAUGUGAAUCACAGAAAAGUAUUCGUGGAAUUGCGACGAAGUGGUGUAGUGCAGACCUUGCUUAAUGUGACGAGUGAUAGGUUAGUAAAAACGCGUUCGCACAACUUUUUUAAACAGAUUCUUUUACACCUGUUCUUGAAUACCAGGGCCGGUGGGGAAUUAUGACAGACGAUGAAACAGCAUCAACUGUGCUGCGUGCCCAUAAAAAAAUUACUGGACAUUUAUUGUCAUGAUUUUGCUUCUAUGGUUGAUUGACUUAAAAUGGGUCGAAUUAUUUGUCUUUUGCAUAGUUAAUUAAGCUCUUAAAAGGGAGAUCGUGGGAAAAAUUUGAUGUGAUAUGGUAUGGUGGUAUAGAUUCUACUUCUGGAGUAGGAAAUAAAUAAGAGCAUUCGAAUUUUAAAUGAUUGUCGAUUUCCUAUCAUAAUCUAGAGACAUUCAUGCAAAAAUCUGGACACACGUGGUAUUUGUCUGGAAUCGCUCUACCUGUACAGGAAAGUUGUACUUGAAUGGUGUGUACACAGGAGAACAACAUUGUACUGGUCAAGAUAUUGACCUCAUCCUGACAAAUCACACGACAUAUGAGCUUGGUCUCAAAAAGGACACAAAGGAAAUACUCCAUGGUUCGCUGAGGGAUUUGAUGGUCUUUCUGCGACCACUUACGACGGAAGAGGCUUUUACCCUUUGCAGUAAGUUCUGCAUUUUGAAUUGCGACUACAUGGAUAUUGGUAUGAAAGUUUUGCUAGCAAUAAUAGUUAAUAGCGGAGUAUCCCGCACAAGAGGCCCGUGAGUUCCCGUUUGUUUACAAGAAUACACAGCACAACACAUGUAUAGGUAUGAAUUGGGAAUACUUACUUGGUGCAGUGGAACUUAAUCGAGGAACCAGCACCACCCAAUUAGAGGAUCAAGAUUUUCUAGUAAGGAAUUGUUUUUUAUCUAUUUCCACACUGGUAAAUAAUUCAUCCCUUUCUACAGUUUUCUUUGUGAACAAUAAUACCCUGAUCUCUCGUAGUCUUCGUUCAUUUCUGUUUGAAAGCCCUACAAAUAACUGAUAAGUUAUCUUUGUUUAGUAAGAAAGUUAAUGAGUUAUGAAAACCGUAACAUCGGACACCAGGAGCCCACACACCUUAAACUGACUCAACUAAAGUAAAUAUCGCCAAGAAACUCAGCUCUUACCCAUGGUUCUCUUAAGGUGACUCUCUUCUUGGUUCCUGAUUAGCAAAAGAAACAUUCAAGUCCAUCAAAAAGACACUCUGGACUUGUCCAUACACUCUAGCUGCUUAAAGGCCCUGAAUGACGGAGGACGCUUGAGACUUCAGCAAGUUCUAAGCAGAGAAUUCAAGGUUAAGUCACCCCCCUGACUUCCUCCACCCCCCCAGCCUAGCACGUGCUUGAGGGGAAUGCUUUCAUUGGCCAAUGGGCCUCAAACGUCACAAGAAUUUCACAUGACAAACUAAAGGCAGACGUGACCAGUGCACUGACUCUCCCAGACCAGGACUAACGGAAGGUACAACGCUUUUGCAGCAGCCUCCCCUAGGGAUUGACGUGGAGGCCCCUUUCCAACCCAUGGCGAGUUAGCUCAGGGACUGAACUUGACAAUGAGACCAAGCAGGACAGCAAGCCCCCUAUGUUUUCUCUCAGCGUAGUGACCAGAAAGCUGGCUAUGGCCAGCUUUCUGUGCGAAUAUUCUGGUGCAUUUUCAGGUAGGUUUUCAAAAAUUCGGCUAGAUGUUGACGACAAAUGCUGUCUUUUUCCAAGAAGGAGGUCACCUCGGGCCAAAUCUGCCUCCUCCCAACCCAGUUUGGCCCCAUUUCUCCCCUCCCGACAGCAUUCAACGACAUCAUCUAGCCGGAUUUAUGAAAACCGUAACAUCGGACACCAGGAGCCCACACACCUUAAACUGACUCAACUAAAGUAAAUAUCGCCAAGAAACUCAGCUCUUACCCAUGGUUCUCUUAAGGUGACUCUCUUCUUGGUUCCUGAUUAGCAAAAAAGAAACAUUCAAGUCCAUCAAAAAAAGACACUCUGGACUUGUCCAUACACUCUAGCUGCUUAAAGGCCCUGAAUGACGGAGGACGCUUGAGACUUCAGCAAGUUCUAAGCAGAGAAUUCAAGGUUAAGUCACCCCCCUGACUUCCUCCACCCCCCAGCCUAGCACGUGCUUGAGGGGAAUGCUUUCAUUGGCCAAUGGGCCUCAAACGUCACAAGAAUUUCACAUGACAAACUAAAGGCAGACGUGACCAGUGCACUGACUCUCCCAGACCAGGACUAACGGAAGGUACAACGCUUUUGCAGCAGCCUCCCCCUAGGGAUUGACGUGGAGGCCCCUUUCCAACCCAUGGCGAGUUAGCUCAGGGACUGAACUUGACAAUGAGACCAAGCAGGACAGCAAGCCCCCUAUGUUUUCUCUCAGCGUAGUGACCAGAAAGCUGGCUAUGGCCAGCUUUCUGUGCGAAUAUUCUGGUGCAUUUUCAGGUAGGUUUUCAAAAAUUCGGCUAGAUGUUGACGACAAAUGCUGUCUUUUCCAAGAAGGAGGUCACCUCGGGCCAAAUCUGCCUCCUCCCAACCCAGUUUGGCCCCAUUUCUCCCCUCCCGACAGCAUUCAACGACAUCAUCUAGCCGGAUUUAUGAAAACCGUAACAUCGGACACCAGGAGCCCACACACCUUAAACUGACUCAACUAAAGUAAAUAUCGCCAAGAAACUCAGCUCUUACCCAUGGUUCUCUUAAGGUGACUCUCUUCUUGGUUCCUGAUUAGCAAAAGAAACAUUCAAGUCCAUCAAAAAGACACUCUGGACUUGUCCAUACACUCUAGCUGCUUAAAGGCCCUGAAUGACGGAGGACGCUUGAGACUUCAGCAAGUUCUAAGCAGAGAAUUCAAGGUUAAGUCACCCCCCUGACUUCCUCCACCCCCCAGCCUAGCACGUGCUUGAGGGGAAUGCUUUCAUUGGCCAAUGGGCCUCAAACGUCACAAGAAUUUCACAUGACAAACUAAAGGCAGACGUGACCAGUGCACUGACUCUCCCAGACCAGGACUAACGGAAGGUACAACGCUUUUGCAGCAGCCUCCCCCCUAGGGAUUGACGUGGAGGCCCCUUUCCAACCCAUGGCGAGUUAGCUCAGGGACUGAACUUGACAAUGAGACCAAGCAGGACAGCAAGCCCCCUAUGUUUUCUCUCAGCGUAGUGACCAGAAAGCUGGCUAUGGCCAGCUUUCUGUGCGAAUAUUCUGGUGCAUUUUCAGGUAGGUUUUCAAAAAUUCGGCUAGAUGUUGACGACAAAUGCUGUCUUUUCCAAGAAGGAGGUCACCCGGGCCAAAUCUGCCUCCUCCCAACCCAGUUUGGCCCCAUUUCUCCCCUCCCGACAGCAUUCAACGACAUCAUCUAGCCGGAUUUAUGAAAACCGUAACAUCGGACACCAGGAGCCCACACACCUUAAACUGACUCAACUAAAGUAAAUAUCGCCAAGAAACUCAGCUCUUACCCAUGGUUCUCUUAAGGUGACUCUCUUCUUGGUUCCUGAUUAGCAAAAGAAACAUUCAAGUCCAUCAAAAAGACACUCUGGACUUGUCCAUACACUCUAGCUGCUUAAAGGCCCUGAAUGACGGAGGACGCUUGAGACUUCAGCAAGUUCUAAGCAGAGAAUUCAAGGUUAAGUCACCCCCCUGACUUCCUCCACCCCCCAGCCUAGCACGUGCUUGAGGGGAAUGCUUUCAUUGGCCAAUGGGCCUCAAACGUCACAAGAAUUUCACAUGACAAACUAAAGGCAGACGUGACCAGUGCACUGACUCUCCCAGACCAGGACUAACGGAAGGUACAACGCUUUUGCAGCAGCCUCCCCCUAGGGAUUGACGUGGAGGCCCCUUUCCAACCCAUGGCGAGUUAGCUCAGGGACUGAACUUGACAAUGAGACCAAGCAGGACAGCAAGCCCCCUAUAUGUUUUCUCUCAGCGUAGUGACCAGAAAGCUGGCUAUGGCCAGCUUUCUGUGCGAAUAUUCUGGUGCAUUUUCAGGUAGGUUUUCAAAAAUUCGGCUAGAUGUUGACGACAAAUGCUGUCUUUUCCAAGAAGGAGGUCACCUCGGGCCAAAUCUGCCUCCUCCCAACCCAGUUUGGCCCCAUUUCUCCCCUCCCGACAGCAUUCAACGACAUCAUCUAGCCGGAUUUAUGAAAACCGUAACAUCGGACACCAGGAGCCCACACACCUUAAACUGACUCAACUAAAGUAAAUAUCGCCAAGAAACUCAGCUCUUACCCAUGGUUCUCUUUAAGGUGACUCUCUUCUUGGUUCCUGAUUAGCAAAAGAAACAUUCAAGUCCAUCAAAAAGACACUCUGGACUUGUCCAUACACUCUAGCUGCUUAAAGGCCCUGAAUGACGGAGGACGCUUGAGACUUCAGCAAGUUCUAAGCAGAGAAUUCAAGGUUAAGUCACCCUGACUUCUCCUCCUCCCCCCCCAGCCUAGCACGUGCUUGAGGGGAAUGCUUUCAUUGGCCAAUGGGCCUCAAACGUCACAAGAAUUUCACAUGACAAACUAAAGGCAGACGUGACCAGUGCACUGACUCUCCCAGACCAGGACUAACGGAAGGUACAACGCUUUUGCAGCAGCCUCCCCCCCUAGGGAUUGACGUGGAGGCCCCUUUCCAACCCAUGGCGAGUUAGCUCAGGGACUGAACUUGACAAUGAGACCAAGCAGGACAGCAAGCCCCCUAUGUUUUUCUCAGCGUAGUGACCAGAAAGCUGGCUAUGGCCAGCUUUCUGUGCGAAUAUUCUGGUGCAUUUUCAGGUAGGUUUUCAAAAAUUCGGCUAGAUGUUGACGACAAAUGCUGUCUUUUUCCAAGAAGGAGGUCACCCGGGCCAAAUCUGCCUCCUCCCAACCCAGUUUGGCCCCAUUUCUCCCCCCUCCCGACAGCAUUCAACGACAUCAUCUAGCCGGAUUUAUGAAAACCGUAACAUCGGACACCAGGAGCCCACACACCUUAAACUGACUCAACUAAAGUAAAUAUCGCCAAGAAACUCAGCUCUUACCCAUGGUUCUCUUAAGGUGACUCUCUUCUUGGUUCCUGAUUAGCAAAAGAAACAUUCAAGUCCAUCAAAAAGACACUCUGGACUUGUCCAUACACUCUAGCUGCUUAAAGGCCCUGAAUGACGGAGGACGCUUGAGACUUCAGCAAGUUCUAAGCAGAGAAUUCAAGGUUAAGUCACCCCCACUGACUUCCUCCACCCCCCCCAGCCUAGCACGUGCUUGAGGGGAAUGCUUUCAUUGGCCAAUGGGCCUCAAACGUCACAAGAAUUUCACAUGACAAACUAAAGGCAGACGUGACCAGUGCACUGACUCUCCCAGACCAGGACUAACGGAAGGUACAACGCUUUUGCAGCAGCCUCCCCCCCUAGGGAUUGACGUGGAGGCCCCUUUCCAACCCAUGGCGAGUUAGCUCAGGGACUGAACUUGACAAUGAGACCAAGCAGGACAGCAAGCCCCCUAUGUUUUCUCUCAGCGCAGUGACCAGAAAGCUGGCUAUGGCCAGCUUUCUGUGCGAAUAUUCUGGUGCAUUUUCAGGUAGGUUUUCAAAAAUUCGGCUAGAUGUUGACGACAAAUGCUGUCUUUUCCAAGAAGGAGGUCACCCCGGGCCAAAUCUGCCUCCUCCCAACCCAGUUUGGCCCCAUUUCUCCCCUCCCGACAGCAUUCAACGACAUCAUCUAGCCGGAUUUAUGAAAACCGUAACAUCGGACACCAGGAGCCCACACACCUUAAACUGACUCAACUAAAGUAAAUAUCGCCAAGAAACUCAGCUCUUACCCAUGGUUCUCUUAAGGUGACUCUUCUUGGUUCCUGAUUAGCAAAAGAAACAUUCAAGUCCAUCAAAAGACACUCUGGACUUGUCCAUACACUCUAGCUGCUUAAAGGCCCUGAAUGACGGAGGACGCUUGAGACUUCAGCAAGUUCUAAGCAGAGAAUUCAAGGUUAAGUCACCCCCCCUGACUUCCUCCACCCCCCAGCCUAGCACGUGCUUGAGGGGAAUGCUUUCAUUGGCCAAUGGGCCUCAAACGUCACAAGAAUUUCACAUGACAAACUAAAGGCAGACGUGACCAGUGCACUGACUCUCCCAGACCAGGACUAACGGAAGGUACAACGCUUUUGCAGCAGCCUCCCCCUAGGGAUUGACGUGGAGGCCCCUUUCCAACCCAUGGCGAGUUAGCUCAGGGACUGAACUUGACAAUGAGACCAAGCAGGACAGCAAGCCCCUAUGUUUUCUCUCAGCGUAGUGACCAGAAAGCUGGCUAUGGCCAGCUUUCUGUGCGAAUAUUCUGGUGCAUUUUCAGGUAGGUUUUCAAAAAUUCGGCUAGAUGUUGACGACAAAUGCUGUCUUUUCCAAGAAGGAGGUCACCUCGGGCCAAAUCUGCCUCCUCCCAACCCAGUUUGGCCCCAUUUCUCCCCCCCGACAGCAUUCAACGACAUCAUCUAGCCGGAUUUAUGAAAACCGUAACAUCGGACACCAGGAGCCCACACACCUUAAACUGACUCAACUAAAGUAAAUAUCGCCAAGAAACUCAGCUCUUACCCAUGGUUCUCUUAAGGUGACUCUCUUCUUGGUUCCUGAUUAGCAAAAAGAAACAUUCAAGUCCAUCAAAAAGACACUCUGGACUUGUCCAUACACUCUAGCUGCUUAAAGGCCCUGAAUGACGGAGGACGCUUGAGACUUCAGCAAGUUCUAAGCAGAGAAUUCAAGGUUAAGUCACCCCCCUGACUUCCUCCACCCCCAGCCUAGCACGUGCUUGAGGGGAAUGCUUUCAUUGGCCAAUGGGCCUCAAACGUCACAAGAAUUUCACAUGACAAACUAAAGGCAGACGUGACCAGUGCACUGACUCUCCCAGACCAGGACUAACGGAAGGUACAACGCUUUUGCAGCAGCCUCCCCCUAGGGAUUGACGUGGAGGCCCCUUUCCAACCCAUGGCGAGUUAGCUCAGGGACUGAACUUGACAAUGAGACCAAGCAGGACAGCAAGCCCCCUAUGUUUUCUCUCAGCGUAGUGACCAGAAAGCUGGCUAUGGCCAGCUUUCUGUGCGAAUAUUCUGGUGCAUUUUCAGGUAGGUUUUCAAAAAUUCGGCUAGAUGUUGACGACAAAUGCUGUCUUUUCCAAGAAGGAGGUCACCUCGGGCCAAAUCUGCCUCCUCCCAACCCAGUUUGGCCCCAUUUCUCCCCCUCCCGACAGCAUUCAACGACAUCAUCUAGCCGGAUUUAUGAAAACCGUAACAUCGGACACCAGGAGCCCACACACCUUAAACUGACUCAACUAAAGUAAAUAUCGCCAAGAAACUCAGCUCUUACCCAUGGUUCUCUUAAGGUGACUCUCUUCUUGGUUCCUGAUUAGCAAAAGAAACAUUCAAGUCCAUCAAAAAGACACUCUGGACUUGUCCAUACACUCUAGCUGCUUAAAGGCCCUGAAUGACGGAGGACGCUUGAGACUUCAGCAAGUUCUAAGCAGAGAAUUCAAGGUUAAGUCACCCCCUGACUUCCUCCACCCCCCCCAGCCUAGCACGUGCUUGAGGGGAAUGCUUUCAUUGGCCAAUGGGCCUCAAACGUCACAAGAAUUUCACAUGACAAACUAAAGGCAGACGUGACCAGUGCACUGACUCUCCCAGACCAGGACUAACGGAAGGUACAACGCUUUUGCAGCAGCCUCCCCCCUAGGGAUUGACGUGGAGGCCCCUUUCCAACCCAUGGCGAGUUAGCUCAGGGACUGAACUUGACAAUGAGACCAAGCAGGACAGCAAGCCCCCUAUGUUUUCUCUCAGCGCAGUGACCAGAAAGCUGGCUAUGGCCAGCUUUCUGUGCGAAUAUUCUGGUGCAUUUUCAGGUAGGUUUUCAAAAAAAUUCGGCUAGAUGUUGACGACAAAUGCUGUCUUUUCCAAGAAGGAGGUCACCUCGGGCCAAAUCUGCCUCCUCCCAACCCAGUUUGGCCCCAUUUCUCCCCUCCCGACAGCAUUCAACGACAUCAUCUAGCCGGAUUUAUGAAAACCGUAACAUCGGACACCAGGAGCCCACACACCUUAAACUGACUCAACUAAAGUAAAUAUCGCCAAGAAACUCAGCUCUUACCCAUGGUUCUCUUUAAGGUGACUCUCUUCUUGGUUCCUGAUUAGCAAAAAGAAACAUUCAAGUCCAUCAAAAAGACACUCUGGACUUGUCCAUACACUCUAGCUGCUUAAAGGCCCUGAAUGACGGAGGACGCUUGAGACUUCAGCAAGUUCUAAGCAGAGAAUUCAAGGUUAAGUCACCCCCCUGACUUCCUCCACCCCCCAGCCUAGCACGUGCUUGAGGGGAAUGCUUUCAUUGGCCAAUGGGCCUCAAACGUCACAAGAAUUUCACAUGACAAACUAAAGGCAGACGUGACCAGUGCACUGACUCUCCCAGACCAGGACUAACGGAAGGUACAACGCUUUUUGCAGCAGCCUCCCCCCUAGGGAUUGACGUGGAGGCCCCUUUCCAACCCAUGGCGAGUUAGCUCAGGGACUGAACUUGACAAUGAGACCAAGCAGGACAGCAAGCCCCCUAUGUUUUCUCUCAGCGUAGUGACCAGAAAGCUGGCUAUGGCCAGCUUUCUGUGCGAAUAUUCUGGUGCAUUUUCAGGUAGGUUUUCAAAAAUUCGGCUAGAUGUUGACGACAAAUGCUGUCUUUUCCAAGAAGGAGGUCACCUCGGGCCAAAUCUGCCUCCUCCCAACCCAGUUUGGCCCCAUUUCUCCCCUCCCGACAGCAUUCAACGACAUCAUCUAGCCGGAUUUAUGAAAACCGUAACAUCGGACACCAGGAGCCCACACACCUUAAACUGACUCAACUAAAGUAAAUAUCGCCAAGAAACUCAGCUCUUACCCAUGGUUCUCUUAAGGUGACUCUCUUCUUGGUUCCUGAUUAGCAAAAGAAACAUUCAAGUCCAUCAAAAGACACUCUGGACUUGUCCAUACACUCUAGCUGCUUAAAGGCCCUGAAUGACGGAGGACGCUUGAGACUUCAGCAAGUUCUAAGCAGAGAAUUCAAGGUUAAGUCACCCCCUGACUUCCUCCUCCCCCCCAGCCUAGCACGUGCUUGAGGGGAAUGCUUUCAUUGGCCAAUGGGCCUCAAACGUCACAAGAAUUUCACAUGACAAACUAAAGGCAGACGUGACCAGUGCACUGACUCUCCCAGACCAGGACUAACGGAAGGUACAACGCUUUUGCAGCAGCCUCCCCCUAGGGAUUGACGUGGAGGCCCCUUUCCAACCCAUGGCGAGUUAGCUCAGGGACUGAACUUGACAAUGAGACCAAGCAGGACAGCAAGCCCCCUAUGUUUUCUCUCAGCGUAGUGACCAGAAAGCUGGCUAUGGCCAGCUUUCUGUGCGAAUAUUCUGGUGCAUUUUCAGGUAGGUUUUCAAAAAUUCGGCUAGAUGUUGACGACAAAUGCUGUCUUUUCCAAGAAGGAGGUCACCUCGGGCCAAAUCUGCCUCCCAACCCCUCCCAACCCAGUUUGGUCACCCCCAUUUCUGCCCCUCCGACAGCAUUCAACGACACAUUCAACGACAUCAUCUAGCCGGAUUUAUGAAAACCGUAACAUCGGACACCAGGAGCCCACACACCUUAAACUGACUCAACUAAAGUAAAUAUCGCCAAGAAACUCAGCUCUUACCCAUGGUUCUCUUAAGGUGACUCUCUUCUUGGUUCCUGAUUAGCAAAAAGAAACAUUCAAGUCCAUCAAAAGACACUCUGGACUUGUCCAUACACUCUAGCUGCUUAAAGGCCCUGAAUGACGGAGGACGCUUGAGACUUCAGCAAGUUCUAAGCAGAGAAUUCAAGGUUAAGUCACCCCCUGACUUCCUCCACCCCCCAGCCUAGCACGUGCUUGAGGGGAAUGCUUUCAUUGGCCAAUGGGCCUCAAACGUCACAAGAAUUUCACAUGACAAACUAAAGGCAGACGUGACCAGUGCACUGACUCUCCCAGACCAGGACUAACGGAAGGUACAACGCUUUUGCAGCAGCCCCCCCUAGGGAUUGACGUGGAGGCCCCUUUCCAACCCAUGGCGAGUUAGCUCAGGGACUGAACUUGACAAUGAGACCUUGUUUAUGAACUGUCACCCUAUUUCUCAGGACAUCACCCGUUUCUCCUAUAUAAUUAUGUCCACAUCCUGCACAUGUUAUUACGUAAAUCAAGUUCGUUGAGGUGCAGUUCAUCGAAUGGUUUAUCCGAAAUGUUUCAUUCGUGGCGGAGAAGGUAAAUUCUUUACCCUGUUUUAAAUAGGGGGCAUGUUCCGCACCGUUUUGUUCCACAAAUUUUAACUUCCGGAUCAGUGUCCUUUAGCCUGGAGAAAUAGGAGUUAGUUAUAACAUUCGUUUGAGGUUUCUGGGUUGUCGCUGACUGUGAAUUACUUUAGUCUUGCUCAUAAUGGAUUUUAAUGAGGAGUUUUGGUUUAACAUGGGGAGUGUUCUCCUGACCAGCUGGAAUACUUGCGGAUUGUUGGGAUUGUAAGUUGUUACCAGACAAAGGAGGUUAUUUUCGGUAGCUUGCUCUCUCACCCUUCUUAACUCUUCCGUUGUCAGGGUGAGGGCUUUGUUUACACCGUAAUCAAUGAUCUCAGCUGGAUACUGUUUCCUCAGCAGGAUCUGUUUGAGAUCGUCUAGUCGCCUUUUCCUUAUGUCCUGGUUUUCAACAAUCAUACAUAUCCUCCGAGCCAGGUUGUAUGGUAUGUUAUUUUUAGUGUGUCUUGGAUGGCUGGAUGUAUAUGGGAGGUAUUGGGAUGAAUCCGUCGGUUUAUAAUAAAUAUCGGUUGUUAGGUGAGUUUUGUCUUUUCUUAUCAUCACAUCAAGGAACGGAAGUUCUUUGCAGCUAGUUUCAGCAGUAAGUUGAAUGCUUCCAUCUAAGCUGUUUAAAAUAUCGUGAAGUUCCUUUAAUUUAUCCUCACCGUAAGGCCAGUUUAUGUAGCAGUCAUCCUAGAACCUUCUCCAGUUUGUGUAAACAUAAUGGCCUAUUUCUUCUCCCAUUUUAUUAAAGACCUGACUGUAGAGUUCGUUCUCCAAAUAUCCGAGAACAAGGGUUGCAUAGCUGGGAGCCAUUUUCGUUCCCAUCGCAGUACCUUUCUUUUGAAGGAAUAUUCUAUCAUCAAAGGUAAAAGUAUUAUUCGUCAGUAUUAAAAGGAUUGAAUCGAUAAUAAAUUCUUUGCUGAAACGUGAGUUCAGGCUCCGUGGGUGUUUAUUGAUCCAGUAUUCCAUGGCCUUUACGCCGAGUUCGUGGUUGAUGUUUGUGUACAAGCUGGUCACGUCGAAGGAGACUAAUAUUGUAGUUUCAGGUACUAUCCUUGGUAAAUAAUUGAGGAAAUCGAUAGUGUCCCUCAGAUAACUUUGGACAUGUAAAGUAAACGGCUUGAUAAGGAUGUCUACAAAGUUACUGAGUCUACUCGUUGGACAUCUAGGACCAGCUACUAUGGGCCUAAAUUUGAGAUCUGCAGGCCUGAGAACUCUGAUAUAUGGUUUCUUUUGGACUUUGGCUUCCUGACAAAUGAUCUUGCUUUUAUGUAUCUUUGGAAGGCCGUAGAAACCACUGGUUUUAAAAUCGAAGUGACAGAGGUAGUUAACCUCUUUCUCUGUAAGGCUGUGACUGUGAUUACCUGCUAACUCCUUCAUAAGUUUCAUAACGACUUUGUCCUUGUUGGCGGUAAUUUCCUCAUAUGUUUGUGAGUCAUUCAGCAUUUCGAGUAUUUUAUCGGCGUUGUAUGUGCGGUCCAUAACUACACUGCCCCUCCUUUGUCAGCUUCGAAGAUAAGUAUUUCAGAGUCCUCCCUAAGCUCCUGUAGGGCAUUUUGUUCCUCUUUGGUUAAAUUGGAACGUUUGAUGUCUUUCACUUGUAAUUCUUCAAGUGGAAAUUUCGUGAGGAAAUCUAUGUAAUUGUCUAGGGUAAUGUUUCUGUUUCUAGGAGGGCAAAAGUUACUUUUAUUUUUCGCCAGACUUUCGUCGGUGUCUUAAGCGUCCGAUUUAUCCUCGAAAAAUUCCUUUUUCCGUAACUUCGUGCAGAAGUUUUGUAUAUCGGCGCUAAUUUCACACAUGUCUUUUUUCGGAGUCGGAGUAAACUUAAGACCCUUCGAUAAAAGUUUGAUCUGCCCUUCUGUAAGUUCUUUAGAAGACAGAUUCACUAUCUUUAAAUCGCAGAAACAAUCCUCACUUGUCAUUUCCCUAGACAGCUCCGAAAUCAUGUUUGAUUCGGAUUGCUGUACCGGCCCUGCCCUAAAAAAGGCCUCCGGUUGUAAUUUGACCUACCGGUGCUCCUAUCAUUAUCCUUACUGGUACGAUUAUUGUUACCAACCCUGCGGUUGUUUCCACUGUUACGGUUAGAGUUCCCAGAGGAGCUGAAAAAAAUAAAAGAGGCACUUUCAUUGGAAAAGAUGAAGGCACAGGCCAAACUUCACCAUGCGGUAGCAGUACGCAACAAUGCGAAAUUCGAAGAAAAGGACAGAGAAAUGCUGAAUGAGAUAGAAAAAGUCUCUUCUGUCCACGUUCGCCAACAACUCCAAGAGCUUUGGAAGAAUGACUGUAAAAAGCAAGAGGAAAAAUCCCAAAACCUGUGGGAAGUAAAGAAAAGUUGGUUUAAGAAAUUCGAAGACAACGAAGAAAAUAUCGCCAACUCGGAGGAUGCGGCACCUACCCCGCCAACAAACCAAGAUCAAAGGCGUGGAAAGCGCAGAAAUGCGAGACAACCGCCAAAGAGACGGCGAAACAACAGCCGCCCCAGAAAGAACAACCAAAACUUCAACAACGCAAGUGACAGGAACAGAGAUACCGCUAAUAGUAGAAAUAGUGGCAACAGAGUCUCGCAACAACGAAGAAAGAAGGGACAACAGCGAAACUCAAUUCAAAAUAAUUGUCGACAAAUAAGUCGACCACAGGAAAGGAACUCUAACCAUAACAGUGGAAACAACCGCAGGGUUCGUAACAAUAAUCGUACCAGUAAGGAUAAUGAUAGGAGCACCGGUAGGUCAAAAUACAACCGGAGGCCUUUUUUAGGGCAGGGCCGGUACAGCAAUCCGAAUCAAACAUGAUUUCGGAGCUGUCUAGGGAAAUGACAAGUGAGGAAUGUUUCUGCAAUUUAAAGAUAGUGAAUCUGUCUUCUAAAGAACUUACAGAAGGGCAGAUCAAACUUUUAUCGAAGGUUCUUAAGUUUACUCCGACUCCGAAAAAAGACAUGUGUGAAAUUAGCGCCGAUAUACAAAACUUCUGCACGAAGUUACGGAAAAAGGAAUUUUUCGAGGAUAAAUCGGACGCUUCAGACACCGACGAAAGUCUGGCGAAAAAUAAAAGUAACUUCUGCCCUCCUAGAAACAGAAACAUUACCCUAGACAAUUACAUAGAUUUCCUCACGAAAUUUCCACUUGAAGAAUUACAAGUGAAAGACAUCAAACGUUCCAAUUUAACCAAAGAGGAACAAAAUGCCCUACAGGAGCUUAGGGAGGACUCUGAAAUACUUAUCUUCGAAGCUGACAAAGGAGGGGCAGUCGUAGUUAUGGACCGCACAUACUACGCCGAUAAAAUACUCGAAAUGCUGAAUGACUCACAAACAUAUGAGGAAAUUACCGCGAACAAGGACAAAGUCGUUAUGAAACUUAUGAAGGAGUUAGCAGGUAAUCAGAGUCACAGCCUUACGGAGAAAGAGGUUAACUACCUCUGUCACUUCGAUUUUAAAACCAGUGGUUUCUACGGCCUUCUUAAGAUACAUAAAAGCAAGAUCAUUUGUCAGGAAGCCAAAGUCCAAAAGAAACCAUAUAUCAGAGUUCUCAGGCCUGCAGAUCUCAAAUUUAGGCCCAUAGUAGCUGGUCCUAGAUGUCCAACGAGUAGACUCAGUAACUUUGUAGACAUCCUUAUCAAGCCGUUUACUUUACAUGUCCAAAGUUAUCUGAGGGACACUAUCGAUUUCCUCAAUUAUUUACCAAGGAUAGUACCUGAAACUACAAUAUUAGUCUCCUUUGACGUGACCAGCUUGUACACAAACAUCAACCACGAACUCGGCGUAAAGGCCAUGGAAUACUGGAUCAAUAAACACCCACGGAGCCUGAACUCACGUUUCAGCAAAGAAUUUAUUAUCGAUUCAAUCCUUUUAAUACUGACGAAUAAUACUUUUACCUUUGAUGAUAGAAUAUUCCUUCAAAAGAAAGGUACUGCGAUGGGAACGAAAAUGGCUCCCAGCUAUGCAACCCUUGUUCUCGGAUAUUUGGAGAACGAACUCUACAGUCAGGUCUUUAAUAAAAUGGGAGAAGAAAUGGGCCAUUAUGUUUACACAAACUGGAGAAGGUUCUUGGAUGACUGCUACAUAAACUGGCCUUACGGUGAGGAUAAAUUAAAGGAACUUCACGAUAUUUUAAACAGCUUAGAUGGAAGCAUUCAACUUACUGCUGAAACUAGCUGCAAAGAACUUCCGUUCCUUGAUGUGAUGAUAAGAAAAGACAAAACUCACCUAACAACCGAUAUUUAUUAUAAACCGACGGAUUCAUCCCAAUACCUCCCAUAUACAUCCAGCCAUCCAAGACACACUAAAAAUAACAUACCAUACAACCUGCCUCGGAGGAUAUGUAUGAUUGUUGAAAACCAGGACAUAAGGAAAAGGUGACUAGACGAUCUCAAACAGAUCCUGAGAGGAAACAGUAUCCAGCUGAGAUCAAUGAUUACGGUGUAAACAAAGCCCUCACCCUGACAACGGAAGAGUUAAGAAGGGUGAGAGAGCAAGCUACCGAAAAUAACCUCCUUUGUCUGGUAACAACUUACAAUCCCAACAAUCCGCAAGUAUUCCAGCUGGUCAGGAGAACACUCCCCAUGUUAAACCAAAACUCCUCAUUAAAAUCCAUUAUGAGCAAGACUAAAGUAAUUCACAGUCAGCGACAACCCAGAAACCUCAAACGAAUGUUAACUAACUCCUAUUUCUCCAGGCUAAAGGACACUGAUCCGGAAGUUAAAAUUUGUGGAACAAAACGGUGCGGAACAUGCCCCCUAUUUAAAACAGGGUAAAGAAUUUACCUUCUCCGCCACGAAUGAAACAUUUCGGAUAAACCAUUCGAUGAACUGCACCUCAACGAACUUGAUUUACGUAAUAACAUGUGCAGGAUGUGGACAUAAUUAUCAUAGGCGUACGGGCCGGGGGGGCGAGGGGGGCUGCAGCCCCCCCAAAUUUUGGACAAUUCAGAUUUUUUGGGCAGCGAGAGAAAAUUUGGGCAAAGCCAGUUUUUAAAGACGUCUCCAUGUUUAUUUAAUUAUUUUAAAGACCUGAAUAUUAACCUGAAGUCGGCGUAAUAAUCCAGUUACAUUACAGUGGUUGCCUAGCAUGUGGUGACGAUACUUUACAUAUUUGCAGCAUUUUUUUGUUGGGCACUAUACUGCACUGCACUAGCUGGAAUGGGCUAUUUCCAGUCGUGAAUUGAUUAAAAUAAACUUUCGAAUAACUUUCUAGAAUCAUCUCUACUAGAAAAACAAAAUAUGGCAGAUAGCAUUUACCAAUGGGUAUGAAAAUGAAGAAGUGGCUGACUAGUCUCAGUUUGAAUUACGAGAAGAAUUUUAAUUCUUUUAAAAAUCUAUCGAGAGGUUUAAAAAUUAUUCGCUAAUUUGUUAAAGUAGACCGAAAUGUUUACAAAACCGCUAACAAGAGUGUCUCGAUACAUACUAAUCAAAUCCUUCUUUCGAUUCUAGCAAUCAAGCAGAGCUAUCUCCACGAUCUUUUACACAUGUUUUUAAAAAGAUUAAAACUACUAUGAGGUGAAAUUGCAGGUCUAAAGCGCUUCGUUUUCUACAGAUAACAGCCAAAAAUCAAGAUUUUCCUCUUCUUACCGUAUUUCUAAUACAGUAAAAACUCGCAACUAAGAACCUACAUUUUUAGCAGUUAGCCUAAAUGGGUUCUUAUAUAAAUGGUAGUUAACAGAAUUUUAGGCUAUUUAGGUUCUUAAAAUGGGUUCUUAAUCCUGGAGAAAAAACAAUGCAUAAUGGUGUGCUGAGGCUACAUAUUGCUUAGUAUGCUUUGUAAGUCUACAUACCUUGCACUCAUUUUUCCUUAAAAAACAUUUUUACAACAAUGGCGAUCUGCUUUUUUUGCUUCAAAUAUGAUUCUUGCAAUACAGCUGUAAUGUACUAGUAUGAUUUUAGAAAUAAGAACCUGUUUUAAAUUUCUAAGGCUAAAUAGGUUCUUGUUUAUAGGGGGUAUAAAUGACCAAUUUUAGGCUAACAGGUUCUUAAUUUUUACGUUCUUAGUUGCGGGUUUUUACUGUAAUAAAAACUUCUUUCCAAAAUAUCUCGAUAACGCUCUUAAGGUUUUGCUUAAACUUCACGAACAUCGAGGCGACCGUAUUGGAGAAAAAAGCUCCUGUGAACGAUUUUGUAAGGUUCCUGUGCUGGGAAUCAUUGCUGACGUAAAAUAGGUAAUGAGCGGGGGGAGUCAUUUCGUUGCUAUGACAACUCCGAUGUCAUUGCAACCCUGGUGAUGACAAAUUUUCAUCUUAAUACAACUGUGGUCGCAAUUUUUCCAAAUGUUUGUUUAUGGCGACGUUUGUUUAUCAAGCCACCUUCAUAUUCCAGGAGAGUCUACGUUGUUGCCAUAUGGCCCUCAUUUCUUUACGAUUCUUUCGGAAAAAUUUGGGCAACUUGCGAGAUUUUUUUGGGCAAAUGGUUUACCGCCCCCCCUGGCAAAAAAUUUCCCGUACGCCUAUGAUAAUUAUAUAGGAGAAACGGGUGAUGUCCUGAGAAAUAGAGUGACAGUUCAUAAACAACAAAUCAGAGACCCGCACACACGUAUGCUGGGAGUCAGUAAGCAUAUCGAUGAAUGUGCGGCGGGAUUGACUCCUCAGUUUACUAUCUUUCCGUUUUACAAGAUUCACAGCCCCUCCGAGGGCAUGAGAAAAAACAAAGAGAGGUUUUUUAUUUUGAAAUAUAAACCCGUUCUCAAUGAUUUGAAAUUACGCUAAUUGCUCGCGCGUGCUACGAAUUACAACAGCCAUUAUAAUUGUAAUUACAAUUACGUCUGUGACGUAAUAAGUUAAUAAAAACACUUUGCUAUGCCUGAAGAGCCGCAACAGCGGUGAAACGCGUAGCACAAAAGCAAAGAAGACUUUCGUUUUUCAUUGUUUUUAGUAUCUUCAAUCGACACAGAAGUUUACUUUCUAUAUAUAUAUAUAUAUAUAUAUUUAAUUUUUACUAUUUUUAGCAUACGAGAUUUUAGGAAUAUAUAUUUGGGAUUAGAAUUUUCCUAUGUAUAGUUUUUUAUAUUUUAUUGUUUGUUCUAGACAGUUAAUUCUUAUGAGAAAUCCUUGUGUUCUGUAUAAACUGUCCUAAUUAUGCAGAUAUCUCUUAUAUAUUUGGUUCUCUUCGCUUUUAAUUGUAUUAUUUUGAAUAUCUGUGUAAUUGAAUUGAGUAAAUAAAUCAAUCAAUCAGUCAAUUUUACUUAUGUUAUUGUUAUUUUUUCCUUAACGUACAGAUUAUUGAUUAUCAGUCAAUUCACUAAUUGCAUGAUUCAGCGGUUUUACAUCAAUGUUUUUCAUUCGUUUUCUAGGUGCUGUUUUCAUUACAUAUCUUGCUGUCAAAUUUUUCAACUGUCUCUCUCUCUCUUUCUCCUCUACUCUUUUCUAGUAAACGUUGGAGGUUUCCAGUUUUACGAAGGUUUAUGUGGAUGGAAAAAUUCUAACCAAAGUGUUUCACCUUGGAAACAAGCAGUGGGUCUGGAUAUGGCAGCCUCUACCAACCAAGUUAAAUCGUAUUUGAAAAGCAAGGGGAGAAGAUCAGAGCCAGGUUGUUAAAUAGGGGGACAUUUUACUCCCUUUAAUUUUCAGUACACUUUAAAAAGAGCCUACUGUACUGUAAUGAAAAGCUAGGUGUUAGAUAUCAAACUAUCUUUUUAAGUAGUUCAUGCAUCGCGAUCUUCACUGUGAAUAGCUAAAGCAUUCUUGCAAAUGGGCUUUAAUCUCGAUGUUAUCUUUCUAUAGGCUUUAUGAAGGAAAGUAGUUACCAACUAAACUUCGUUGAAAAUCACAAUGGAUAUGUCAACAUAACUGAUCUUCCAGAUCUCGUUGCUUUUACGAUCUGCUUCUGGAUGAAGACUUCCGAUAAUACGAGUGCAGGGACUCCUAUAUGGUACAGAGUCCGACAUGAAACUAACGGGAAAUACAUCCCUGCUAUUGCACUUGUGGACUAUCGAGGAUUCUACAUUUAUAUAGGCGAGUCGAAUCCGUAAGUGUACUUAAUUUCAAUUUAUUUUGCCUCUUCCUAGCAGGGAGGGAAAUGUUCAUCUUGUUUGUUUUUAUCGUCCAUAAAAUAUCUCAGCGGGGUGUCAAUGGGUUAAUUCUUAAUACAAUAUUGCCGUUUUUCUAGGACCAAAACUAACUCAGCAGCAAAUAACGGCAAGUGGCAUCAUAUUUGUUUGGCAUGGACUUCUAAAAGCGGAAACGUCACUCUACAUAACGACUGGUCAACAUUUUCAGGAACCAUUGAGAGAGAAAAGAUUCAUGGUAUGCACAGCUGUGAUGUUAUGUCUUUGUUGCACUGAGUAGAACUUGAAACUAAACUAGUAAUAGUUGACACUACAGCUGCCUCCGCUCUGUAUAUUGUCGGUCAACAGUAUUCUUGGUCGUUGUGUAGCUCUUUGAAACAUACCAGUUCAUAAUGAAGAUUUUCACACAUAUUCCAUACAAUAGGUGAGAUAAAAACAGGAAACACAAGGUUCCAUGCACAGCUUCAGCUCGAUUUACACAGCUUUGAUCAAAACAUUGUCAGUUUCGAGAAUAGUUUAUUCUAAACCAUAAGAAAUAGAUUUCAUUAGGAGGGGGACAUGGGGAUUUACGGUAUUGCGGUAUUGGUUUUUUUUUCAUGCGGUAUUUCGGUAAUUUUAAUCUUAACGUGCGGUAUUGCGGUAUCAUCUAGCUCUGCAGUAUGCGGUUUUUCUUCAUUUUGGGUGACGGUAUUCGGUGAAAUAAGAUUGUUCACGGUAUAACGUUACCGUUUACUUGCGCUUUCCAAUCGGUACAAUACACAAAACAAAACACAGUAAGACAUAAAGGUUAAUAAAAGUUAAUAUUUAGAAGUCUUGACACAUAACGGUAAAUAAUUACACCAUUUGUGGGUCAUUUUGUGACAGUUAAUGCUCGAUAAUAUACAAUGUGAUUGUUGUUGCAUCCAAUGAUAAUGAGUCGCCUCAAGUUACCUUACCAGGCUUUUCGAUCUGUGUACCUGUGCCGGUAAUUCGAGGUCUUGGACGUUUUCUCACAAUGUCUGAGGUCGUCGAGGUUGAAGACGACGAGGUCAUCAUUGACUGUGUGGCAAUUUUUUAGCGGAGCUCUCGCGCGCGAAGCGCGCCAGCAGAGCACCAUGGGUAAGAAAAUGAAGUAAUCUAUCCAUCCGAGAAAAUUUGGUAAUCACGUGACCGUACAUCUACCGACCGACCGCCCGAGAGACCGUCCGUCCGCACCACAGGCAUACCAAUGUAAAAUAACUCAAUCAACAGGUAUGGCAACCGAAAUGCAACUCGAGGUUAUUUUGGCGGGAAAUCGCAUAGCCACCGGCGUCUUGUAAAGCAGAGACAACACAAGAGUCAAUAACGACGAAAACGGAAAGCGGAAAUUUUUUCUGUAUCCGUGUUGUCUAAAGUAUUAAGCUUAGAUAAAUUGUCAUGUCCACAGAUUUGGAAUAUAGAGCAAGAGAACGACAGAGAAAAAGAGAAACUGGGCGGCAGGCCAGCAAAGUUCAACGAGAAAAAGGGCGACGGAGAUUUAAAAAAGAAAAUUUUGUAGCGGCGGUGAUGAAAUGAGAAAUGCUUGCGGCCACCAAUAAAGUAAGGUGAAAAUGAGGGGCAGUGAAAAAAAGUGAACGAGAACAAGUACGACAUUUCCUCCAUAAAACGUGUAACUAAGGCCCUGUUUACAUGGAGGUGGGGGACCCCAGGUAGGUGAGAUAACCCGUUUAGGUGAGGUUAAAUAUUAACCCUCCUUUACAUGCAACCUUACAACCCCUCCAUCCCGGGGUGCUCUUUUUCAAGAUUAUUGAAUUGUCACUAAGCACGGCAAACCAUGUGUUUUGGUGAUGAUUAUUGCUCUUCUACACUCACUUGCUGCUCUUGCUGCAACCUUCAGUGCUGUGGCUUUGCAUUGUUACCUUUAAUAAUUAUGCAAAGCCACCGCCAAAGUGAAUUUUGUGAGAAUUUGAUGUAUCACGAAUCCGACCCCGGCUAGGCGGGUUACCCCACCUUGAAGUUUACAUGGCAAAAUUUGACCCCGGCUGGGAGGGUUACCUGGUCUGGCAGACCGGGCUAACCGCCUUGGCGGGUCACACCUCUUAUCAUGUAAACGUAAUCAAAUUAAAAUGAGAGGUUAUAUGGACAGGCGGGUUACCACAGCUAAGCGGGUUAGCUCACUUACCUGGGGUCCCACACCUCCAUGUAAACAGGCCCUAAGAAGUUUGUGGAAGUUUCAUGUUGUAGUCGUGCAAAACAACGGCAAAGAAAUGUACCAAAAAAGUGUGCUGCACGUGCAAAGUUGCUUUUUUGCUAAUUAGACCUAUUGCUGUUUUUCACCGUUCUCCGGCGUUGCAUGCCUUCGCCUCUUAGCAUUACCAUACAAUAUCAAACAAUAAACUGUAAAUAUUACAACUAUAAAUAUGAACAAACUAUAAAUAUUAUUGAGAGCUUCGCUUUUAGCCCUGGCUAAAUCUAUAUAUUAUGAAGAGGGCGAAGGAGGCGAACAAUAUCGCAAAAAGAAUAAGUUUAGAUGUCGGGUUUCGAGAAUUGAAAAACGCCUUGUAAAGUUAAAAGAGAAAAUUUGGGAAGUUUGUCUCUUACUAGCGCGGCGUGUGAGACAGUCGAGAUAGUUGACCCCUGAGAGACUGACGUGCUAGACUACAGCCGUAGACUCACCUAUCAAAACUCGCACUAGACGUGCGUGGAAAGGGUUUUGGUUAGUUUGUUUUUCGCGCUUUCAAGAGUUAUUUUUAUUGGAGUUAAUUAGCUGUUGGGUCGACCUACCAGAAGGCUGAACGAAUUUAGUUUAACUUUAAGUGAAAAUUUGCCAACUACCAAAAUAUUAAAAAAAAACAUGGAAAUCUGGUGCAUAAAUGCCUGAGAUAAUUAGACGCGCUAGAUGGAAGCAACCAUAAGUAUGCGGAACCGAUUAUAACUGUGAUUAAAAUAUGCGGUAUCGGUAUUUAGACGAUUUUCGAAGCGGUAUUUCAGUAUUUGCUAUUUUUUCUUACGGUAUUGGGGUAUUGGGUACCCCCCAAUGUCCCCCUCCAUUAGAAGUUGAAUUUUUCGCUAUUUUUCUUCCACUUUUUACAUACAGUUCAUUUUAUUUGCCGGAAAGUAAGCCUUAGAAAUUAAAAGGACGUUUGAUCAAUUCACGCUCGUGCAUUCUAAUCUUUUAAACUUCAUAGGGGAAGGACAUCUGUGAGCAGGGAAUAAGUCAGCACAGAAUUUGACUGUCGGCGAAUUUCAGUAAUGGUCCAUCGUUCUGCUAGUGAUAAGCUAGCCGUUGAUCCACUCGUCUUGCUUGUUUGGUGCGGAGUCUUAUUCCGGUCUAAGAGAGAGAAAGAGUGUCUGGCAAGGUUUCCAAUCAAAGAUUUGUGAACUCGUGUCUGGCAAACUCUCCAAGUGUUUAUAGUAUAUAUACACAGUUAUACGCACCUUACAACUUCAUCAGCACUUAACGAGUGUCUUUUGGUCCAUAACUUUCAAAACAACUGCCCCACAGAAUGUCACUGAUAACACAUAACGCAAAAGAGUAUCGAAGUAUGACUGUACAAUAAAUGUCACAAAAUCUACCUAAGCGGUCCCUUCGGGAUUUUCUGUGUUUACGUCAUCCUAACCAUCUCGUACUUGCGGACGCGAACAAUAGAAACGUCAUCAUUACCUACCGAUUCCUCGCGGCCCCUGUUCAAGCAAAUCGAUAUUUUUUUUGGCAUACUGACUGUAUAUUUCAACUGUAAAUACUUUCCUUAAUAUAUGCGCGAGUUACUAGAGUGCCUCCUGGGGAUUUCGCCUUCUGGGCGAAACCCCUGCGGGGGCAAUAACCCGAGCUCAUUCUAAUUCGCUCGUGCCUGGAAUCAUUAUAAUUCUAUAUUUCCAAUAAAAACUGAGUUAAUGGAAUAUUUCUUUGAAACCACUACGAAAAUACUUAUAUAGAAAGUUAAAACAAUGAAACGUGACUGCUUAAGUCACAGAAAAAUUUUUUCACUAAAAGAGACCAAAAAAUUUAUAGUGUCCAAGAAAGCAAACGAAGUUUCCAAAAAUCUUACUGUCAGUUUAUGUUCGAGUCAAAGAAGAUUUUUUCACAAAAAGGGGCAAAAAAUUAUAGUCUCCAAGAAAGCAAACGAAGCUUCCAAAAAUCUUAUGUUCACUUUAUGUUCCACAGGAAGAGGUGAAUUUAUUGUUGGCCUGACAGAGGACCUGGCAAAACAAGAACUCCAAGCUGGACAGUUUAUUGGUCUGAUAAGCCAUGUGAACAUCUUUGACAAAGCCCUUGAUAGCGAGGACAUAAAAUGGAUGUCACAAGGCUGUGGUAAAGACGUUUUGCUUGCGAUUUUCCCCUGGUCGCAGUUUAUUGACGGUGUUGUUGGAGACGUGAAAGUCGAAAAAUCUGCAUUGUGCGCAGAUCCUGAAGGUGACCUACGCAGUGGUGUUGACAAGUAACCACAUACAUUACAGUGAACAUACUACAAUUAGCAAUUAUUGAAUUCAACUUUCGUACCAUCUGAAGAAUUAUGGAGAUCGAGGAUCACACCCUCCGAGAUCUACAUAAUUCUUCAGAUGGUAGGAAAGCCGAAUUCAAUAAUUGUUUUAUUAUUCAUUCAAAAUAAUUCCUACAUUUUAGUUUAAAAACAAGCUAAAACAUGCUUACCUCCAUCGAUGCUAAGUUCAUCUCCGAUAGUGCAUGUUUAUUAGCAAGUUUAGGAGAUAAAGGAUUGUUCAGUUGUGCAAAUAUUCUCCAAAUAGCAGAUGUCGUCCGUCGAAUUGUCUUCUUGCUGUUCCUGCUUUGUUUUAGCCAAUAGUUCGCCUGUUUCUUCAUCGUGAAAUGAGUGGAAUGUUCCGCCAUUUUAUAUUCACUACCAAAACAACUCAACCUCGUCUCCAGGUCUUCUCGGUUAACCGUUCAAUAAUCUAUUAAAUUUACAUAUCGCAAAAUAAUAGCUGGUUGUGAUAAAUUAUGCGUGGGAUUUUAGCCAAUCAGAAACGGAGAAAUAAUUUUGAAUGAAUGAUAAUAUAAUUUGUUAUAUUCCUAGACUUUCACUCAACUAAACAGGGACAGCCAUUGGCUGAUUCUUGGUCACGUGGCCUUGACUAAAAUCAAAUGUAUCCCGAUCGUGAUACAUCAAGCAAUGUACCCCGCUCGGGAUACAUUACAGCACGUGAUCAGAGCAUGGUGGAAAGUGGCGUGAAAGAAGGCGGGAAAAACACUGCCAGUUUUCUUUUUCGUGAAUGAACACAACAACAUUCACAACAACACAAACAUGAAGCCUCAAGCUAAAAAGCAACGAUUUUCAAAGUUAUCCCAGAAGAGAAACAGCAGCUAGUGGAGGAAGAUGCAGAUAAUAUAAGGAAAGUACUUUUUAAAUCAUUCAUUCAGUGGUUUUGAGAAUUAAAUUUGUGUUCUCAUAAGUACCGAGUCGUACUGUUUUGAUUCGCCCCUCUUAAGCGUAUUCUUUUGUUGCUGUUGAAGUACGUUGAAGUGAAAGUCUGGAAAUAUAACAAAACACUUAAUGUCAGGUCCCUCGGGAAACCAGUUAGUUUUGUUUUCCCUCGAGUCCUGAUGUUUCCCUCGACUUCGUCUCGGGAAACAUUAGGACUCUUGGGAAAACAAAACUAAAUGUUUCCCUCGGGAUCUGACAUUAAGUGUAUAUUAUUACCUUUAAUUAGCAAAUCAAUAAAAGUUCUAUCAAAUAUCCCCUUGCUAAGAUCCUCAGUUCGAUAAUGUAAGUGAUAAAACCGACUUCAAUGAGACAGAGUCUUAUGUGAGUGAUAGAUUUUACCUUAAAUUCAGGUCUAUCAACAAAUAGCCUGCGUUUGACCGAGGGAAGCGAGCCGUUCGAGCACUCGCGAGCGAGCCGCGAGGGGCGUGCACGUCACUUUGCGUGACAUUCCUCAAAUCGAGUGCUUGCUCGCAUGUUAAUCAGUAAAUUUUCGUAAUAAUUUUGAUGAUUUUUCACUAAAACCAUUGAGAAAAUACGUUUCAAUUAGAUGUUUUGUUUCUGGAUUUUGUUGUGAGUUUUUCUUUUAAGGCGCGUGAAUGCCUUAACCUAUUACUUAGAUAUGACGUCAUAUCUAUAUUUCUAAACAUUUUUAGGAUACCGCCUCAUGGUGUACAACUACAACACGUCGCAAACAUCUCAAAGAUCCUUAUUUGAGAGUCCACUGUAUGAACGAUCUCAUGAGGGUCACAAAAUCUGUAUGCGGUUCAGAUAUCUCAUCUACGGCCCUGGGAGACACUUCCUUCGUAUUUACCAACAACUGGAUUUAACUGACUACUCGCGGAGGCUGAUGUGGGCAGUGAACGAACCAAGCAACACUGACUUGAUCUGGAAAUAUGGAAGAGCGGCACUUCCGAGUGUUACAAAAUACAAGGUAAUGAAAACCAAGUCACCACAUAACCUCUUUAGUUUUUAUGUUUUGUUUUCCCAAUGAACAUCUUAGGGAAAUUUGGUACAUAAGACACUGAAAAUAAAACAAAACUUGAAAGAAACAGUUCCCUGUAGUAUUAUCAUAUGAUUGAAAUUUUUAUAAUAAUGACGGUAUCGAAAUCUUGCUGUUUUAGCAAAGCCCAAUUAACUGACAGUUAAUUGGGCUUUGGGCUUUACAGUUACUGUAAUAACGAAACAGCAAAGAACAAAGCGACUUGAGUAUUCGGUGGUUUAUUUAGUUGGAAACGAGGCUGAUCGAUGAUAUAUUUGAUUAGAAACGAGGCUUCAAGGCGAAGCUUCAAGGCUUCGAGGCGAGGUUCAAAUGUGAACUAAAAAAAAGGCUUUUACGGCUAUUCAAAGACGAAAUAGCUGAACUUCUGACUUAAACUGAAUUCAAGAAAUGCAAUAAUACGCAAAACCAAGACAGGAUAAAGGGGACAGAGAAGGCAUCCUCCAUACACAUCUUAUUCCAUAGGUAAUUCGUCUCGAGUUAUUUUUAAGACCAUAGAUCCCAAGGGGGAUUAGACAACAGCCAAUCACAUAGCGCGAAUGUGUUCCGCGUGGAUGACCACGCUCAGAGCCACGCGUCCUUCACGAAUUGACCCAGAAAAAAAUGGCGGAAGACGCGGAGAGCGAUAUUGCUAUUUGUUUUGUCGACGAAAACGACUAAAGCUUUCUGCUAAAGCUGUGUCAGCGAAACUGAAAUUAAAGAAGAAUCGCCCUUGCUCUCUUGUAUAGAGCAAACAGUACAGCAGGGAAAUCCUUAACACACUGAAUAUUCUCUCAGGAUCAUUUUUUAUUGACAGUUUGAAGAGAGCAAUUUCUGGUUUGAUAUUUAUUCUUUUAUUAGUCUUUUAUUAUUUUAUUAUUCAACAAAGAUAACACUUGGUGUCUUACUUGCUUUAUUAUAAAAACGACCGGUUUCAAUAGACCGACGAAAUUCCUCAUUUUAUUAAAGCACUGAGGUUACGACAACUUCGAGUUAAACUGAUUUCACGGGUUCUCAAAUAGUUCAGCGAUUCCCUUUUCCUAGGUGAGCGCCGACUCAUUUCGCUUCAAUAUUAAUUAAGAGAUGCUCUCGAUCUCUUUACGCUUUCAUUGCCCUUCGCCCAACAUGUUUUGCACGGCGUUCAGUCAUGCCAAACCUCCGGAUCCACGAAACAUCCACGCAGCGCGCGAGGUAACUUUAUCCCGAUUCUAAAAAUAACUCGAGACGAAUUACCUAUGGAAUAGGGUGUGUAUGGGGGGUGCCUUCUCUGUCCCCUUUAUCUUCUCUUGGCAAAACAUAUUGCUCGGUGAAAUUUAUCUACAUUUUGAGACGAAUCUGCAAGAAAAAACAUCUGUUUAUACCCUGAAACCGUGCCGAGAAAUAGGUCAAAGUUUUGAAGAAAGUCUACGAGGAGGUAAGCAUGUCAAGAACUUAGAAAUAUUUUGAAUGAAUAUUAAAACAAUUAUUGAAUUCGGCUUUCCCAUGAUGUGAAGAAUGACCGGGUCUCGGAGGAUGUUAUUCACUUCAGCCUCGGUGGAUAACAUCCUCCUCGAUCUGCUAUUCUUCACAUCCUACUCACCUCCAUUCAAUAAUUGCUAUAUAUUUC